CACGCGCCGGGGAAAUUCCAGAGUGGGCGGUCCUUCUGACUCACGCUUCCUUCCUCAGGAGAGAGAGCGAGAGAGGAAGCGGAGCGCGAGGGGGGAGGGCGGGGGGAAAGGGGAGAUGCCCGCGGCUCAGAGCCCACUAGAUCCGGGAGCUGAUUGGGUCCCCGUCGCAGGAUCUCCCGCAGGUAGGAUCGGGGUAUCCAUUACCCCAAGCCAGCCUCCUUUCUCCUUUCCUACGGGGAAAGAAACGGUCCCCCCUCCUUCCUUGUAUCUGUGGGGAUAGAAGGGAUGCUUUACGCUUAAGGUCGGAGGGGAUGGAUGCUUAGCAACGGGCUUGUGGUGUUUUCUUGCGAGGGGGGCGACCAAAUGGUGCGCCUCCUCUUCCACGGUUCCUUGUGCCCCAGAACUCCGGUCCUGGAAAAGCAAAUGAAAAUAAGGUCAGCCCACCUUAAGAACGGAGACCCCGCUCCCCAAAGCGGGGAGGUGUCAGGGGUUGAAGUUCUGUAAAAGUUGAGACCCCGUUUCUCCCAGUGCCUGGUGGAUUCUGUGUUCCGUCAGAGGAGUCGUUUGCAACGUUCACAAGAGGACGCAGGCACAAGUGGCUGGUGCUGAAGGCAAGGUUUCACAAGCGCACCUGUGUGGUGUGUGUAUCUCCUUUGGAGUUAUCAACAGGGAACCUGUCACACACUCCAUAGUGCUGGAUAACAAACGCGAUUUUUAGCUGAGGGGUUCGUUGCCCCUGUUUUGUUGAAGUGACUGAAGGGUUUCUUUCUUUCAAGGCUCUCUACAGUGGCAGUAACAGAAUGCUCAGGUCAUGUUCGCAGGGUAGUGGUUGUUAAAGGAGGUCAGAUCCAGGGUCGGAUUUACCGUAUUUUUUGCUCUAUAAGACUCACUUUUUCCCUCCUAAAAAGUAAGGGGAAAUGUGUGUGCGUCUUAUGGAGCGAAUGCAGGCUGCGCAGCUAUCCCAGAAGCCAGAACAGCAAGAGGGAUUGCUGCUUUCACUGUGCAGUGAUCCCUCUUGCUGUUCUGGCUUCUGAGAUUCAGAAUUUUUUUUUCUUGUUUUCCUCCUCCAAAAACUAGGUGCGUCUUGUGGUCUGGUGCGUCUUAUAGAGCGAAAAAUACGGUAGGUUUGAUGAGGCCCUAAGCUACUGAAGCUAAUGGGGCCCUUUAUAUGUCCAGCUGUCCUUUGUCAACAACAAAUUGUUGUUGUUUUUUGCAUUGAAUAUAUGCUAUAUAUGGUAAUUUAUGGACCUAAUAGGUAUCUAAAGCCAUUUGCACAUAACAAAAUAUGUAUUUUAUUGAAGUAAUUGUUGAACUGAAAUACAAUUAAGAAGUAUGUUAAUAGUGAAAUACAAUUAAGUAUAUUAAUAGUGAAAUAAUUAUUAAGCUCUAACUUAAAAUGAUUUUUUAUUCAUAACAAACAAUAAUGCAAACACAUUGGUAUUGGGCAAUAACAAAAGUUCCUUUAGAAACACAAUUUACAAAGACUCAUAAUAGAAACUUGCUAUAAUAUGAAAUAACAGGUGUAAAUAUAUGAUGCAAACUACUAAUAAUUAUAAAUAGCAGAAUGUAGGCACCCUAUAUAUAGAAAUGAGCAAACCAGUGAUAUUUUAGGGAGCAGGCAAGCAGGCGGGGCCCAUUAUUUACAUCAUAACACUGUUGCUGUAUGUAGGUUUUAUUUUAUUUGUUUUUUUUAUCUUAUAUUUAGGAUAUGUACAUCCAGUUCCCCCCCUUUAAUUUCUUUAAUUUCUUGGGGUGGGGGCCCAAGAGCGUGGGGCCCUAAACUAUAGCUUGUUUAGCUUAUAUGCAAAUCCGGCACUGGUCAUAUCUUUUGCUUUAAUGAGACUACAAUCUUCUAUGCGGGGGUAAGCACCAUUGAAUUCCGUUGGAUUAACCUCUGAGUGAUCAUGCCUUGGGUUGUGCUGAGAAAAACACGUUCAGGUUUAAAGAUUGUUCCAGACUGAGAUUCCACAUAAAAAAGUAAAAUUAUUUACUGAUUUGCUAGUGGCUGAACAUAUGCAUUAUGUUAUUAAUGCAUUUUUAGUCUGUCCUUAAUGAAGGCAUAUGCACAUCAAUAUAAGCACUGAAAUACAAUGCUAUGCAACAAAGACCUGUUAUUAUAAGAUUAAAAAAUACCACCGGAUAGCUCAUGUGGUUAGAGCAUAGUGCUGAUAACCAGUGGCAUGCAGUGACGUUUUUCAUCAGGGCCAGAGGUGCCAGCUUGCGAGGGCGAUGGAGGGGGCAGGGUGAUGUGCACGUGGCCAUCACCCCCCCCCCCCAAGCUUGGCAAAAGCUUCCUGGGCUUUGGGAAUGAGGUGACAGGCUUUAAUAUUUUGAUUUACUUGGGACAUUUAAGGGACUAACCUAGUUCCCCAUGUCCAUUGACCAUAUGGUACUGCUGAUAACCAUGGUUGCAGGUUCAAUCCCCACAUAGGACAGCUUCAUUUUCCUGCAUCGUAGGGGGUUGGACUAGAUAAUCCUCAGGAUCCCUUCCAUUGUAGAAUUGAAAUCUAUGAACACAAAGAAAACAUGAUUAAGACUACAGUACACGAGGGACGCGGGUGGCGCUGUGGGUUAAACCACAGAGCCUAGGGCUUUCCGAUCAGAAGAUCGGCGGUUCGAAUCCCCACGAUGGGCUGAGCUCCUAUUGCUUGGUCCCAGCUCCUGCCAACCUAGCAGUUUGAAAGCAUGUCAAAGUGCAAGUAGAUAAAUAGGUACCGCUCUGGCAGGAAGGUAAACGGCGUUUCCGUACGCUGCUCUAGUUCGCCAGAAGCAGCUUAGUCAUGCUGGCCACAUGACCCCGAAGCUGUACGCCGGCUCCCUGGGCCAGUAAAGUGAAAUGAGUGCCGCAACCCCAGAGUAGUCCACGACUGGAACUAAUGGUCAGGGGUCUCUCUACCUUUACACUGUUGCACUACUCGUAUAAACCAAAUCUGUUCUUCAUAGAGUUGACUAGCUGUAUUACGACUUAGAAACACCAAGACCCUGAUCAAACAGAUAUGUUUUCAAUGCUCAAAGGUAUGGUGCCAACCAUGCCUCUAAGGGGGGCAUUCCAAAGGGUGUGUGUGUCACCAUGGCCUCAUAACUAAUAACACCUGAUGCGGACACAAGGAAGGACCUCCUUUGAAGGUCAAUGCAUGGGGAGGUGAUGAUUCAAAUGUUUAGGUCCCGGGUUAUGACACCUAGGGCCCAAUCCUGUUAAUGUAGCCUCCACUGAUUGCAGUGGAGCUUACUCCCAAAUAAAUGUGAUUAGGAUUGUAGCCUUAACUUUAUGUAUUUAUUUCUGUCCUACCCUACUCCCCAGGAGCUCUGGCUGAUAUGCAUAGUGCUGUACAAUCUCGUCUUCUCAGCACUUCUCUGAGGUAGGCUAGACUGAAAGAUAGUGGCUACCUAGUGAGCUUCUUGGGUGAGCAGGGAAUUGAAGCCAACACUAUAGCUAUCACGCUACUCUGGCUUUUUAUAUCACUUUUGUGUUCUUCAGCUACUUUUCUUUUUCAAAAUAGUGAAAGGAGGUAUUAUCCAUGUUUUGCAGUUGGGGAAAAUGAAGCCAAGGUUUAGUGGCUUCACUUUGUACAUGAUAGUGACUCUAAAGCUGCAGGUCUAUGCAUGCUUAUUUGAGUAAAGGCUCCUGUGUGACUUAUGUCUGGAUAAACAUGCAUGAAAUUGGAUUGCAACCUUGCAAGCCCAAAUAAUGACACAUGGUUCAUUGUCAGUAACUUUAAAUGAAACAGGAAUCAAAAGAAAAGGAGUGUUGUUAACAUAUGUCUAGUUCCAAACAAUACCUUUCUACUCUUGAGAAAGAGUAGGCAUGCCCUUCUAAAAAUUUUCCACCAUGUAUUGGCUAGUUGACCGAUGAAAAAAUAAAGGAUAAAUUAAGGAUAGAAAUGAUUCUCACGAGCUAUUUGCCCUAAUUCCAAUAGCUGAUGCAUGCUGAGGUAUUUUGGCCAGCAGAAUUUGUAAAUGUUAAAAAAGUUAGAUGCCCCCAUAGUGUCUAUUCUCCUUUUCUAAUUGCUACUGAAAUACAUCAAAAUGGAAUAAAGGUAUUUCCACUUAAACUUUUCCAAUGAGAAAUUUGCUGAAGUGGUCUUCCAGCAGGGCACAAAGCACAUUUUGUAAAUAACUGCAUAUUCUGGGCAUUGUGAAUGGAUAUUUAGCUGUUUUUUUAAUAGACCAUUAAAAACAAACAAACCCAUAGAUCAGUUGUGUACUAACAUGAAGGUGAUACAGAAUUGCAGUGUGCAGAAAGUAGCAACUCAGAAAAUGCCUUUACAAAUGUCUGCUAACAUUUUGCUUAUUAAUCUAAUAUUCUGUUUAUAAAAUAGAAGCUUUUUUUGUGGAUGUGUUUGCUUCAGUUCUGGAACAUAGAACCAGUUGUUUCUUUCUAUAGAUCUUUAGCAAUAUGAGCAAUCUCAGGGACACACAUUCCCCCAAGCUAUGUAUGUUCUUGGCACUUAUGUUUUACAGAUGACCAAAUGCUACCACAGUAAUAAUGGAAUACUAUGUUGAAAUUCUGGUGAUGAUUAAGCAAUUCUAAUGAUGGCAUUAUUAGAUUACAUAUGUCAUUGUUGUUAGUCUCCUCCAGUGAUGCUGUUGGUUGUGUGAAUUACCUAGCCUUCCCAAACUUGAAUGGUUUGGUAUUCCUGCAUUCUUUUCAGGUAAUCAGAAUGUUACAUGAGUAGUUAACUCUGGUCAUGUAACAGAUGGAAUUUUGACUAUUGAAUUACGUAUCUGUACUUUCUUGUAAGGAAAGCUGACUUCAUAGUUUCUCCUCUUGCGAAUGAAAUCAUAUUGGAAGGCUUCACUUCAAGGUAGCAUUCUGAUGGAGAUAUCCUGAGUUUCUAAGCUGUAGCAUUCAUGAAGGUAGAACCCAGCUUUGUUACAUGCAGUCAUGUGCUUAGUGAACCCAAGAGAAGAGGGAAGUGUGUUAUUGUUGCUUCUAGGCUCUUGUCAGUAAUAGCUAUUGUCUUGGAGCCUUUUUCAUCAGUUUCUCAGUGAAUAUAUGUGUAGAAUAUAUGUGAAGCUCAUGUGAUUAUAAGUGAUGUAUAUAAUAUUUAGUGACUUCAGAAAGUCUAAAAUGGGGGUGGUAGUGUUUAAAUGGUUAAUUGAAGAUUAUUUUGCCUGCAGCAAACUUGGAGGAUCUAUAUUGACAAUUACCACCAGAAUUUGUAUAUUGCAAGUUGCAUAGAGUUGGAGAGGGGUAAAUGUGUUGCUUAUAAAUGUGCAAAGAGAGGUGCUAAUUUUAAUACCAUUAUGGUGUGUUUGAUAAGUUGAUCAGAACUUGUGGUCUUGCUGGCUGUUUCUAUUCUGUUUGACACAAAAAAGGAUUGGACACCUGACAGGCUCUUUUUCUUUUCCCCAUGUGGUUUUCUGUUUGAAGGUGAAGGUUUAGAGUAGGCCGGGGGGAGGACCUAUGGCCCUCCAGAUGUUGCUGAACUGCUACUGCCAUCUUCACUGACCAUUUGCCAUGCUUGCUGGGAUUAAUGUGGGUUAUAGUUCAGAAACAUCUGGAGAGCCACAAUUUCCGCAGUCUGGUUUAGAAUCCAUUGCAUCAGGACCUAAACUUUGGGAAAGUGCUUAAUGCAAUUAUCUGUUUCUCUCUCUGCAACAUUUUUCUGACCUUUGUGUUCUAUUAGGGAUGUCUGAUAAACAAAAUUCUAAAGCCAAGCAGUGUUAGAAACUGGGAUAGAAAACUAGGAGCCAAAUGUCUUUUGGGACAUGAGUUGUGGGCGCCAAAACAGAAUGUCUAGUCGCCAUGGGGGGGCAGCAACACUUUUUAUUUAUUAUUUUGAUAAGCAUUAACUAAUACACAAUUCACAUAAAUAACACAUUGUUGACACAUUGUUAAUAUCACAUUUUAGCAGAAAUUAUUAAUACAUGUUUAAUUUGGUGUUUGCAAUAAAAACAUUGGUACCAGACUUCAAUUUUCAAAACACUCUACUCUUUAUUGUUAAACUCCUUUACAUAUUGCCUAUCCUUAACAUAUACUCCGAGGCUUCAAAGCACAUACAUUUCAGUAAUCCUUGAGUGCCAGCCAGGCACAAAAAAUGGCAUCCAGACUUUUUGAGGUGCUCCCAAAUGGAGAAUAUUUAGGCGAAAAAUGCGCCUGGCACCCUGCUAAUUUCGAACCCGGCAGCCAAGGGAAGCUGCAGUUCCUAUUGAAAGUUUGUGAAUGUGUUUCUCUCUAACUACAAUCUCUUUAGUAAAAUUAAAAUUGUUCUCUGAAUUGCAUUUUGCGCUCUCUCUGUGUAAAUAGAAGAAUCGCUUUAGUUUUUCAUGAUCUAUUGUUACCAGAUAGAACAGAGAUGAGUUGCAAGUUUAAUUCUAAAAAGAUUUGACAGGUCCUGGCCACAUUUGAUGCUCUGAAGCACAUGGAGUUUUGCUAUGCUUGUGUGCGUAGGCAUGUGGGUUUUUCAAUGCAAAGGUCAGUGUACAGUGUGCCUUCUUUCAGGUUGAGCAAGGCAUGACUUGUGGGAGGAAGGAAGCAUGUUGCCAACUGCUGCAGUUGCAUCCAAAUAUCAGCAUACUAGAUCUUUGCCAGCACAAAUCAGAGCAAUGUUGAUCCAUCUUCCAUUAUUUUUAACACACACCCAGCCUCAUGCACUUUUUAGCCUCAUCCUGUGACAUAUCCUUUCCGCACUCCCUUCAUUGACCCUCUUAUGAUUUUGUUUUCUAUACCUAAGUGUUAGUAUGAAUGUCAGAAAACUGCAACCCUGUCGGACUUGCAAAAAAAUUUUUAGACCUGCAUUUAAGGUUGUUUUAAUUGUGAGCUGCUUUGAAAGUCUUCAGAUGAAUAAAGUGUGAAAACAAAAUAAUCUUCAAAGCAGCAGCGACACAUCUUGAAUUUAAAGCAAAUAGGGUACUAAAAUUUUAAAAAAUCUGAAAGAAAAUAAUAAAUAAGACCUGGGCAAAUGAAAGUACUUAAAAUACAUAAGGGUCAACACUAGGCAAGCCUUAUUUGGGAGCGCGUUCCACAGCUGAGAUGUUGUCAUAGAAUGCAUAUUCUUAAUUUUAUUAAGCAUUUUUAAUAUCCUGCCUUUCCAACAAAAUAUUGCUGAUGGUAACUGAAAAGAAAAUUUGUACUAGUGCAAGCAAUGUUUUCCUAUAUAUGCCUACUCAGGAGUAAGUUCCACAGAGUUCCACAGGGUUUGUUCCCAGGUAAGUAGGUGUAGGAUAGCAGUCUAAAACACUCCAUAUAAAUUACACACACAGAGAGAGAGAACUGUACAAAGAUGUACAAUUCUUUAAGUCCCUCUCCUGAAAACCUAUCGAUUUGAUUUUCUACCAGAUAGUAUUUUGUGCAUCUGCUUGCCAUUCCACAGAUGGCAGGUGUCAUCACAGAGGAGAUGUUUGUCCAUAUCUUGUACACACAGGUGCAUAAAAGUGUACCCCCCCAAAUAUGGAGGUUUAGUUACCAGAUGCAGAUUUUAUGAAGAUUUAGUUGACUGAUCCAUUCACACUCACACAUGAAUGAAUUGACUAAGGCUGUACACCUGUGCACACAUACCUGGGAAUAAGCCUCAUUAAACAGAGUAAACAUGCAUAGGGUUGCAUUUCUGUGUGGAUUGUGCCCAGAGUUUCUUUAUACCAGUUGAAAUGCAGUGUUUCAUCUGAGGAGUACUGGUUUGUCAACCAGGAUUUAUUUGGAUUUGUACACUAACAUUUCAGUCUUGAGUCUUCUCUACACCAGUGUUUCCCAACCUUUUCAGCUUGGUGAUGCAUGGGUUCAAAUUUACCUAUCAACUUAUUGUCAGAUGAAUUUUGGAGCUUAGGUCUCUGGCAGCCAACAGUUUCAUUCAUUUUAACUGUACGUUUGCCUGUUCUUGAGACAUCCAAGCAAAAAUUUGCUUAACAUGGAAUUUGUUAAAAUAUUUACAGUUAUUCACUAUUUUGUUUAUAAGGAUGUAAGAGUGCCAACCACCAGUUUGCAGGAUAUUGCUUCAUAAGCUGGUUAUUUAAAAAAAAAAAUUAAUACAGCUGCACAAGCAGCGUUAGAUGUAACAAACUUCAACUCACCCUUGGUUUAACUGUUAACUAACCUGGCCGUAGAUUCAGUGAUGGUUCGCCAUGGGAUCCUUGUGCAGGGAGUUUUUUGUGGGAGUGUUACAGCUCGCUUCUGAUGCUCAGGUUCCAAAGGCCGUGGUGAUCACUCAGGGCUCCUCCUUGUGUGAACACUUUGUGGUGGGCCAUCACUGCCAGCAGUUCCCAAGUGCUUUUUUGAGCUUUUCCAUCAUUUUGUUACAGGUGUCAAAGCAGCCUUAUGAUAUACCAACCGAGCAAAAGAGUUGUAAGGGGUAUUAAUUGUAUCAGUUAAGUAUUACAAGCCAUAGUUAUUUUGGGUUUGCUUAUAAAGCAUGUGACCCAUUUGCGCAGGGUUUAUGACCUGCAGGUUGGGAAAUGCUGUUCUAGAUUAUACUUGUAUAUCCAGUUCGUUACCAAAACAGAUACAAUUGUUUCAGCCUUGGGGCCUGUAAACACUUCCAGUGGAACAAUCCUGUGUAAUGAUGCUAGGCUCCAUCCUACGUCGGUGCCAGCCAGCAUAGCCAAUUGGGGAUGGUGAGUGCUAGAGUCCCUGAUGUAUGCAAGCAACUUUUUUCCCCCUUUCCCUACUUAAAGGGAAUGUGAUGGGAAUGUAGAACUCUCUGUAUGGAGAUUUUCUCCAUUCUCUAACACAGCAUGAACAAGUUCUUCUGGUCUACAAAAGCCAGAUACUCUCUGUUGCAUAUGCAUGAGUAUCACUUACUGGCCCAUUCUAUGUCAGCAUACAACUGACGCCCAAAAAGACAAAGUUCAUGGGAGGACAGAUUUAGCAACAGUGGAAUCUAGAACAAGAAGGUUGGGUGGCAGGAAAGCAUUAAGAAGCCCAGCUCAUGCUGUAGCAAUGUGUGUGUGCUGUCCAUUGGGAACCUGUUGAAAACCUCUCACUCCUUGGUUGGUCUGUGAGUAAUGCAAUGACUGUAGUAGUUUCUCAUGUGUUCAAGGUGUUUCUGCUGUCCACUUCUCAUAUUCCAAAGAUUUUCUGGGAUAGCUAAUUUAGGAUGGAACCUAACCACUAAGAAUGAAGCCCCCCCCCCAAAAAAACCCCUCACUUCAUUUGUGAACAGGAUAGACAUGUGAAUGCUGACUCCAUCACAAAUCAGCAUAGAGAAAAGAAGAUACUGUACCUGCAGACAGGUUUUGUUUUUUUUUUAAGAAAGGGAAACCCCGUUUUCUCUCCUGAUGUGACUUAUUAUUAGCCUUCAACAAAUUAAUUUGGCUCCUGUCAAUAUUGUGGUCAUGGUCAUAGCUUAUCCUGUCUCCAGAAAGGUAGAUUAAUUAUGUAAAAUACAUUCUUCUUCAAAUGUAGUCACCCAAAUGGCCAAAUACCUAGAAUGAAGUUGACCGUCCUUGUGACUGGGAUGCUGUGGACUCUUAUUGGUUAUUCUGUUUUCUAUAUUAUACUGCCCAUUUCCUUGACUAGAUUUUCUUUCCUUUAUUAUUUUAAUAUAAUACGUAUAAUAUAUAUUAAAGUGUUUAGAGGGCACUGUUCAUCUAAAUGAAGUGUGAGUGCAAGUAUUACCACUAGCACAAGCGGAGUUUCCCUGCCUCCCCCUCUGUCAUCCCCAAAUCCUCUGUAGAAGGUUGGGGGGAAACUCAGAACAGAUUUAAGGGGGGAUGGGAGGGAGAGGAGGAGAACAUUCCAUUGUGUAAAGUGAAGUCCUUGCGUUGAUGGAAUCUUUGUUGAAAACAACCCAUGAGCUUCAAAAACCAAUAUAAAACAAAAUACAUAAUUCCCAAUUAUGCAACCAGCAGGGACAAGAAUUUAUAGGCACCCAGUACACCUCACCCCUCCUCAAAAACCUGGGCAAAUUGUUGUUUGACAGUGGAAUGGACUACCUCAAAAGCUGAUGGACUCCCCUUCAUUGGAGGUCUUUAGACAGAGGGUGGCUGGCCAUCUGCCAGGGAUUCUGUAGCUGUGAUUCCUGCAAUCAGCAGGUUGUACUAAAUGACCCUUGGGUUCCUUCCAACUCUGCAAUUUUGUUUUUCUUCCGCUACUGAAACAGAAGCAAUGGCAUGGUGAGGUGUUCCAAAGGUGUAAGGCUGCCACAGAGAGAGCCUCCCUGUGGGGCCCCAGACUAUUAUUCUCAUUAGGUGUGGAGACCACCAGCAGAAUAUCUUCUGUAGAUCUUAAAAUUCAGGCAGGUUGGUAUGGGAGGAGGCAUUCCUUCAGUAUUUUGGGCCUGGGUCCUUUAGAGCCUCAAAAGCCAGCAUCAUCACCCUAAAUUGGGCCCAGAAGGCAAUAAGCAGUCAGAACAAUUGUCUGAGAAUUGACAUUGUAUGUGAAGACCCCAAGGCAAUGCCUAGGGCAGGGCCCUGCACCAGUUACCAGUUCUGGACUGUUGUCAGGGUCAACCCCAUGUGAACUGCUCCCCCCCCCCCCAAAUAAUUGGCUACAACAUACAUUCAGAUUUGGCAGAGAUUAAUGUUCCUUGCUCCUGGGGGUGGUGCUUGUGCAGUGUGUGAUCAGCACGUUCAGAGACCUACACACACCACUUUUCUCAAUCAGCUUCCUGUCAGCUGCUAGCGAUUCUCCAGAAAUAGACACUGUACUCAUGUGUCACCUGGUGAGCCAGUGACUCUGUCUCACUGCUUUGAUAAGCUUUCUGCUUCAUUGUCAGCUGGGCCUGAAUUGUCAGGUUUUGACCUUGACCUGCUUUCAGAGUGGGUGCCCAGUGGAUUAAAAGUGCCGAAAAAAUAUGUCAUAUGCCAAUGAGAUAAAUGCAGAGAGGCAAAGAGAGAGGGGUGUGUGUUUCUUGUGCCAUUAGUUCUUGCCAAGCACGCAAAACUUCUCGAACUGCAGGAGGGUCACCAGCUGCAAGUAUUUUUAUUUAUUCCUUUUCUUUGUUACAUUUAUAUCCUACCUUUCCUCUGUGGAGCUCAAGAUGGUGUUCGCAGUUCUCCGCCUCCACAUUUUAUGCUCAAAACAACCCAGUGAAGAAGCUUAGGAUGAGAGGCAGUGACUGGCCCAAGGUCAUCCUGUGAGCUUCGUGGCUCAGUGAGGAUUCGAACUGUGGUCUCUGGUCUGACACUGUAACCAUUACACCACACUGGCUUGCUGACUAAAGCAAGCAUCACAGAGAAUUGAAAAGGCUUUUUAUUUCCAAGAGGUUCCCCACCCCUUGGCAUUGCGCUACAAUAUGUUGCCCAAAUUGCCUGUAGAGUGUUUAAUGCACUGCUUCCAGGGAGAUGAAUUUUUGUGCAAGUUAUGAAAGCUACACUUCUUUUAAUGAAGUGUAAAUCUUCCUGUGGUUGGUCAAGGCUUAAAACACACACACACGCCAGAUACAUGCCAAAGCAUCUGUGCAGCUGGAUGCCAAACACAUUUUGCAAACUUCCAAAAUAGCUACUUCUUGACAUACUUGCAUGUAAUUUCUCAGUCUGUAUUUAUGCAUAAGAUUUGUGUGUGAGUGGGGGGGUGUGACAAGAGAGAGUGCACUCCAAGAGAGUGGAGCACAAAAGUGAAAUUUGUGACAAGGCUCCAAAAAUGCAAUUAUGUCUGGCGUGCUCUGGGAUUUCUUGUUUUUGAGUUCUUCAUCUUUUGCUUUGCUUAAAAUUGGUUGCAGCCAACAGUAAUGUCCGUUUUAGUUUGAGAAAUUCGUUUGUGCAUUGGAGCUUCCUAUCUCUCCCCUUCAGAUUUGUUCUGGGAGUUCCCAUAAUCUUCCAGAGCAGAUUUGUGGGGAUAUGCAGAGAAAGGAGAGGGAGGGAAAGUUCUGUUGUGGAGGCGCAAGUCCUAAUGCAGAAGUGAGGAACCUUUGUGACCAGAUCUUUAUAUUCUCCAUCCCCAUGGGAGUAGCUAGGAUUUUCUGACUAUUUCUAUUUUUAGUUAAGUAGAAACUACUUAACUAAACUACUCCCGCUAUGCCCCUGUCCACCCCUAUGGGCCAGUGUUGACAGCAGGAUGGGGCCACCAUGUAUCUGCUUGCCCUCCUGCAAACUGCAUGGGCUUCAGUCAAACCUGGAUCACUAGGCCAAAUGCAGCUGACCAGCCAUGUUAUGGAGGCUCAAUGAACCUACCAUUGCCCAGGGCUGUAAAAACUGGAAAGUUGACAAGGAUGUGGCAAAGCUGGUGGGCUACCUUACUAGAAGGGCUGUAGCUCAGUAGUAGAGCAUCUGCUUUGCAUGCAGUUGGUCCCAUGUUCAAUCCUGGGGUGUUAUAAUUAUUAUUUAUUUAUUUAUUUAUUUAUUUAUUUAUACAUACCCCGCCCAUCCGGCUGAGUUUUCCCAGCCACUCUGGGUGGCUCCCAAUCAAAUGUUAAAAACAGUACAGCAUUAAAUAUUAAAAACUUCUCUGAACAGGGCUGCCUUCAGAUGUCUUUUAAAGAUAGGAUAGCUGCUUAUUUCCUUCACAUCUAAAGGGAGGGUGUUCCACAGGGCGGGCACAACUACCAAGAAGGCCCUCUGUCUGGUUCCCUGUAACCUCACUUCUCGCAAUGAGGGAACCGCCAGAAGGCCCUUGGUGCUGGAUCUCAGUGUCCGGGCUGAACGAUGGGGAUGGAGAUGCUCCUUCAGGUAUACAGGACCGAGGCCGUUUAGGGCUUUAAAGGUCAGCGCCAACACUUUGAAUUGUGCUCGGAAAUGUACUGGGAGCCAAUGUAGGUCUUUCAAGACCGGUGUUAUGUGGUCCCGGCGGCCACUCCCAGUCACCAGUCUAGCUGCCGCAUUCUGGAUUAAUUGCAGUUUCCGGGGCACCUUCAAAUGUAGCCCCACAUAGAGCGCAUUUGAGUAGUCCAAGCGGAAGAUAACUAGAGCAUGCACCACUCUGGUGAGACAGUCUGCGGGCAGGUAGGGUCUCAGUCUGCGUACCAGGUGGAGCUGGUAGACAGCCGCCCUGGACACAGAAUUAACCUGCGCCUCCUGUGUUGAGGUAGGACUGGGAGAGAGCCCUGCCUGAAACCCUGGAGAGACACUGCUAGUUAGUGAAGAAAAUACUGAGCUAGAUGGAUCUAUAAUCUGACUUGGUAUAAGGCAGUUUCCUGUGCCCAGCUUGGUAUGUCCCCAGUUAUGGGAUCCUGGCCUAAAGAGAUCCUUGCUCUUUUUCCAAAGACCCUUGUCGUUCUCUUCCUAGUCACAUGUGUCCUCUUUCCCCACCCCAUCAAGCUCUGGGCCACCGCAGAGGCGAUGGUGCUACAUGUACAAACUAAGGUCAAACAUAAGGGAAAUGUAUUGGAAGAAGGAUUUUUCUUCUCCUGUUCCAGUUCUCCCCAUUCCUCCGAAACAUUCCCUUGGAAGUCUUUCUUGUAAAAGACGUGGUGGUUUCCUUCAGGGGAAACUCCCUACAUUAAUUCAUGGCAAAUGAGAAGUUUGGAAACCAAAGGCGUUUAACAGCAGCCUGGAGUCAUUCAACCCCCUGUGCACUGCCUUAAAUCAUCUUGCGUUCUUGUGGCUUUUGCAUUGGGGGCGGGGACACGUCUGUGUUUUUGUAUAGAGGGAAAGAAAGAGAUCUUAAAUAUAUUGUUGUGGCCAUUGCGUGGGGAAAAUGCUGUCCCCCGUCCUGGCUUUUGACAGCUGAUAGAUAGAUAUAAUUUGUUAAUGAGUCCUUGAUGACGGAAAAAGUGAUUUUGGAAUUGAAAUGUAGCCUACAAAGACAGAAGUCUGAGCAAGGAGAGAGGUGUGUCCCAGGGACAUGUUGUCGCUUUUGUGAAAAUUGGGGCAUCCCUAAAUAUGAGUAUUGUCUACCCAGGUACUUGUAUCUUUGUAAAUCUGCUGAUAGCAUGAAAAACACCCUCGUCAUAAAAAAUGGCCUCUACAGAAACUACCUCUGAAGUAUUUCCUACCACUUAGUGGAAGGAUGAGAUAAUAUAUUUGCUCAGAGGUUGGGGGGAGUCACAUGUCCUUGAACAGUUCAGGGAGAACGCUGAACAAUUGUUGUGUCUCUGCGUUUUCACGUGCAAGCAAUUCUCAUUGAAAGAACUGGGACUCGUGCGGACAUGAGUUUAGAGACAGGACACAACUCACUUUUGUAACUGGGUGCCCAGAUCAUAAAUAAAUAGGAGUUACUCAGUUUUUACUUGGUGUGUCAGGAGAACUGUUAGUAUCAUGAGAAAUGGAAACUUACUUGAAAGAGCCAUGCUCAGAUGGAAAACAUUUAUGACAAUGUUUUCUCACUUAGCUUUUUAAGAACCUUCCUUUGUGGGAAGAAAAACCCCUCAUGUUCCUAACCAUCAGGCAUUUAAUUGCUGUUCUGGUCCUGGAUUAUGCCAGGUUUCAACCCUUGGCUGGAAAAUCCCCAGCAUUCCUGACAGGCAGGUUGUGUAAACUGGGAAACACCUCCAGAGAUGAGACCUUGCAGGCUUUUGUUGUGCAGUAGCGGUUGCCUGCUCUGUCGCUUCUUGCAGCUGGAGGGUGCCAUCUGUCUGUCUUUUCUUUGACACAGGUUGUGUGGCAAAGCAUUUUCUGCAAGUUGGCUGCCUUUGAAGGAUAAAAAGGAUGGUUUUGUGCUAAGAAGACAGACCUAUAGUGAUUGAGAACUCUAGACCUAAAUACUGGCGUGCUGCCUGAGGAGUUUCUUCUGUUACCACCUUCUCCUUUUGCCUCCCUCACCCCCUCUCCCCCUUUUGCUGUCACCUCCUCUAAUUUGGGGUACCUCUGAGACCCCUUCUUGGAGUGAAGCUUUGUGACUGAGCUGGCUGUGGAGAGAGCUUGCAUUACUGCCAUGUUGCCUGAUUGAUGGCAAAUCACUCUGAUACCUCACUCUGUUUAAAAGGACCCCUUCCUCUGAGUGAGGACUGGUGGACUGGGACAACCCCGUUAGGAACAGCAGGUUAGCUGAAUCCCGCCUCUGGAGGUAUUGGCAAAGUUGAGUUCCUUGAGUCCUGUCAGGGAAAAAGGCAGGGUAUAACUAAAUACAGUUGACUCCCCAUUUAUGUGGGGGUUACGUUCCAGACCUCUGCAUGCAUCAGUGAAACCAUGUGAAAUGGGGAGUCGCUUGUAUCAGCUCAGCUAACGCAUGGGGAAGAAGCACACGCAGAAGUAUGGCUUGCACAGCUGAGGUCCAGGGAAGCAUCUGCUGCCAUGCCACAUUCUCUUUGGGCUCCCAGGAGGGUCUCCUUGCAUGUCAGGAGGACUCUCCAGGGUGCUCCCCGUUUUUGGGAUCCACUUCUGGGUUCCCAGCACCACGCAGGUGUGUGGUUGUGCACACAAAGAGUGUGUGUAAAUAGGAAGUCGCCUGCAACUAAAUAACUAAAUAACAGUAGUACUGAAUUGUAGUCAACUUCAUUGUUCACCCCGACUCCAGAUAACUUGCAAGUAAGUUAGAUAGCACCAGUUCCAAAGUCCUGUGUGGGACCUAUCCAAUUAUUUUUUAACCACUGAAUGAUCCCUGUGAAAGUAUAUCACAUUACCCAUUUCUGUGAAAUCAUGAGGGGCUUUUAUCAAAAGUUUUUUGGAAGUCCAAAUAUUGUUCCUUGAGGUGAUCUGAUAUCUAAAUAUAGUUGUGUUUCAAAGGGUUAAGAUGAGUAAACUGAUUCUUUCUCGACAAGGCUUAUUCUGCUCUGUGUUUUCAUUAUUCUUGUUUUUAGCAAUGCUUUCUACCAAUGUAGCCUCCAGGAGGAGCUAAAGUGGUAGAAAACAUUGUUAAAAUCAAGAAGAAGAGCAGGGCACAAAUCGCUUAAGUCAGAGGUGGACCUGCAGUCCUCCAGAUUUUUUAUUCCAAAUUCCACCAUUGGCCACACUGGCUAGGGGUAAUGAUAGUUGUCAUUGUGGCCUGGAAGAUGCCUGGAAGGCCUUUGAUUAGCCUCCCUCUGCUACCCUAAAUAAGCAAACAUAUCUUACAGAACUGGUGCUAGUACAUGUAACACGAGGACUGGAAACUUUAUUUAAAAAACAAACAAACACCAAAAUUCUCUGGAAUCCAGGACUCAUAGCCUGCACCUGCCACAAUUGAGUAAUUUGAUUAUUUCCAUAGUCAGAAUGCACAAAAUUGCUGAUAUGGGGCAGGGUGACGGGAGUUCUAAUGAACUAUAGUGUAUGGCAGAGGGGUUUAUGCAGAUCAUGAAUGGGGGGGAAAUAGUACUUUUAUAUGUAUAUGGAAAUGCUUGCGUCAUUUAAUUUAAUGAUAUGGGUCUGUGAAAACCCUCGGAGCAGUUAACUCCUGACUCUUCCACCCCCACACAUCUGAUCAGUAGUUUGUUCUUUCUUGUUGACUAGGCAACUCACGGCUUAUUCAUUGGUUCUAAUUGUUUAUAUUUCACUUUAAAAAAUACAAAUCAAGCUGGCUUAUGAGUGAAAUCAAACUACAGUAAUAAUGUUGCAAUAAGUUAAUACUGGAAACUCAUCCCUCCCGUGAGGCAGAUGGUGUCCAUCGCCCCAUAUUGUGGGAAUGAAUUUUGUAAGGUGAAUGGGUUAUGUGAGGAAGAACUGAAUGUUGCUUUCUUCUGAAUCUGCUGCCACCCACAUUGGGUGAAACAAGAAAAGGAAAAUCUCUUCUGCCAGCAGUAUCUGCUUUGUGGGUGGAUGGUCACCAAUGGAUUUCACCCAUGGUGCCAUGUGUUUUCAUCUUUCAAGAUAGUAUACACACAUAUAUAUUUACACAGUAUACUCCAUCAGGAUACACACGCUGCAAGCAUUUUCAUUUCUGCUCAUAGAAUUGUAAGGAAACAAACAAAAAACCCCACAAAGCUAAAGCUGAAGGAGAUUUGGGGUCUUCCGAUUUUUUUAACUGUGUCAGCUUUCUAGAAGCAACCUAUAUAUAUAUACUGAGACGCAACAGGCUGACACCUUUGAAAUAGUUCAACAAGUUGACUAACUGUUCUAAAGAUACUUUGUAACAAGUCCCUGCAGAGAUAGUAUUUAUGUUUUUAUGCCAAUACAGUAUCUUUAAAUCGGGACAUUCCCAGUGCAAACGAUAGCAAUCUGCAUUCGGGAGGGACUAUUACCCUUCUCAUUUAUCUAGAGACUAGAGAUGAAGCAUACUAAUUCAGCUCAAGUCCAUAAGCAGAAAUGUGAUGAUGCUUUUAAAUAAUGAAAUGCAGCCUUGCAAAUAAAUUACGAAGUCCUGUAUAGAACCCAGUAGUCAAUCACACUAUAAAGUUUGUUAUUUUGUGAGCUUUUGUUGGGUCUCACAGCAGUAUCUUUUUACUCUUUCCCUGAAGCUAAAGAAAAAAAUCUCUAACUUCGAAGCAUUGAUUUGCAGGAAAAGCCCUUCUCCCUUUUAGGAGGAGAGAAGGCAUCUUUCUUGAACUAAUUUAUAGUGCUGUCAACUUGGACGGUUUAAAAGGAGAUUAGAGAAGUUCAUGGAGUUUUUGGUCAUCAAUGGCUGCUUGUCAUGAUGGAUAUAUACUUCCUCCCAGGUAGGCUUCCCAGAGGAAUCAUUGGCUGCUAUAGGGAACAGGCAGCUGGUCUAGCACUGCUCUUAUUAUGUUCUUCUAUCUACAUACCCUUGAAUGUAUUACUGAUGAAGACUGUGGCAGGCUUGUAACACUCCUAUUGAAGACUGUUUCCUGCCUCCACAUUGUGUGUUGCUUUAAUUGCUACUUCACCUGCUGUGCUCUGUAUUCAUGGACUGCAGCAAUCCUAUCCUCUGAUUUGAAAAUCAGGAGGCUCUUUGUUCAUUGGGUAAAAACAGCACAGGGAAAAUAAUUUUUUUCCAUCAAUGUCUUGUCAAAAGUUCAAAAUAUGCCUUGGCAUCUGUGGUGCAUAGAAGCUAUGCAUUCUGAAUUGAGAAGUGAAUUACAGUUGUCCUAGCAGAAGAUUUUUCACAGAAUUUUAAUGAUGGAGGGGACUUCAGGUGUCCUUAUCUGUUGCUCUAGCAUCUUUGAUAGGUGCUCAUCCAGCUUCUGCAUAAAAACACCAACAAAAGGGUGUGCAUUGCUUUCCAUGUGGGAUGUGAUACAUAAGUAGCAGUCAAGUACAACAUUCCUUGUUUUCCUAGAGUGGACAUGCAGGGGAAUGUUUGGUCCAGCCAGUUGAAAACUUCCUGUUUUCUCCUGGCUGAGACAUACUUCCUUUGCAUGUGACUAGAGGUGGAUGUGGCCUUACCUGUCCAGGUAACAAAAGAGACAAGGCACACAACUCUCUCUCUCUCUCUUUGACUUCCUCCGUCAUUGGAGCAGCUUUUUAGCUAACCAACAGAGGACACUGGGAUUAUCCCCAUAUGGGAUAGCUCCACAUGUAUAUACUUUGUAACUAAGCCUGCCUUCAGGGAUCCAACUGUGAACAUAAUGUGAGUAAACUACUUUUAUAUACUUUACGCAAGAUUGUGGUGAGUUUAUUAUUUUAAGAGGGAUAUAAGGGAACCUAAUAGUAAGGAACCUAAUAGUAAGAGGCUUACACAAGCCUGCAAACAGCUACCUGCUGUGUGUUUAAAGGGGGAGUGUGAAACUCUGCUAAGUAAAGAAACUUGCUAGUGCAAGUUAAGAAGGAUAUUAAUAAACAUAUCCUCUCCUGCUUCCCUGAACAUUCCCACAUUCCAACCAUGUCUAACUUGUCUCAGUGCCCAUGGGCCAUUUCAGUGAGGAUAAAAUUCCAGGUGGUAGCCCUAUCCAUACCUUGAACCAGGGGUAAAGGAGGAGCAUGAUCACCCAGCAAACUCCAGAAAUGCCAGUGACCCUCAGGGAUCAUAAUCCCUGAUGCACUAAGCACUGAGUCAUCUCCUUGCUUUCUGAGAGUCUGCAAGACUUAGUGACUUAGUGCAUCCAUACUGUACAUUUAGAGCAUUCUUACAUGGCUCCCCCCAAAGAAUCCUGGGAACUAUAAAGGUGUUGAGCAUUGUUAGGAGACCCUCACAGUGCUACAAUUCCCAGCACCCUUCAACUAUAGUUUCUAGGAUUCUUUCGGAGAAUCCAUGCCUUUUGAAGUGGCACAAGAGUGCUUUGAAUGUAUUGUGACCAGUGUGGCACCAGGUGGGGACCCUGCAUUUCUGGAUGAGGAGUAGGGUGCUGCCUUUCCCUGAUUCUGCCUUUAUCAGCUUAAAAUGACAGUGUAUUUGUGGAUCCUUGAAUAGUGUUUUUGUUUUAAGAAAUAGUAUUUAAAUGUACUUACCCCUCCUUUCUGUUCCCGUACUGAUAAUUUAAUAGAUAUGUAUAUUAUUCAGAACCAGCAAGCCUGUUCUAGUUUCAGACACUUUCACUGGUCUGUUAUCUAUUUAUGACACUUUCUUUCACACGGUUUGAACUGAAGCAAGGUUUGUAUCAGCACACUAAAUAUCCCGGAGCUGUUCCUGCAUCAUUCAAGAAGAAUGUGUGUGCACUUUUUAAUGACGCCUGCUGACCUAGUUCUGUUCUCUGUUGACCCAGAGUGCAGUAACCUAGCUGAACUCUCAUUAGUUUGGUGCGUGAUGAGCAUCGUUAAAUGAUGCAGGAUUAAAUUUUGCAGCACAAGAUGUGCAUAGGUGAAGGGAGUUGAACACUCUGUGCAUUAGAUCUGAAUGUUCCAUCACUUUGGGCAUUUUUCUCCCCAACCUAGUCAACUUGUGCUAAUGGAGUGGAUCUAUUCAUUCGUCUGUUUGUUUGUUCAUUUUUGCUUGAAAACUGAGGUGUACGAACCAGAGUAAAAUACUGGAUCAAGUGGGCAGGCAUAUACACCAAGAAUCAGUAAGCAGGGUGCCUCUGAGCACAUACUCAGACUGGGCAUUAGUAAUGCAGUACCAGAACCAAGUUUAUACAUUCUCUCUCACAAAAACCCCAGUCCUGGUUUUCUCCCAAAUGUUCUUUAUCAGCAACCUAAUUUGAAAAUAAAAGGCCUUUUAGCUGGUUGUUUCUGUCAUUAGAAAAGUUAGAAACCCUUAAAUCUACUGCAAGGCACCCACAGACUUACUGGUGGAUCUCAUUUUACCUGUGUGUGCGUUUCGUAAUGGAUUGCUUCCUCCUAUAUUCUUCCUUAACUACAGAAUCCCAUUCAAACAGCGAUCUGGUAGUGAAUGUGAUGACCUCGCAAAGCGAAUCAGAUUUGGCUACAUGCCAAUGCUGAUUAGGGCAAACCAAUUACAUUGUCGUUGUUCUAAACCCCCGUCUCACCUGGAGUAUCAUUUGAGUGUAUAUCAGAGAGCAGAUUUAGGCAUGCAUCCUUUGGAGAGUAGAGUAUCCACAAUCAGGUGAAUGGCCUGUGAGUAGAAAGGCGGGGGAGCACAACCCUAUUGGUUCUUCUUGCUCUCUCAGUAGCAUUUGAUAUCAUUGACCAUGCUGUUCAAACUGUUUUGGCUGAGACUGCAUUCAUCUGGAAAGAGUAGGUUUGCAGUUUGGGUGCGCUUUUAGAUUCACUUCUGUCUCUACCAGUCCAGAUGAUGUUGCUGCCACAGACUAUCUUUUUACCAGCUGCGCCAUUCCUCAACAGGCAUAGUCUGGUUACAGUGUUCCAUAGUCUGGUAAUACUUGGGGCUGCCCUUAAAGAUUACAGUACUCAGAAGUUCAAUUAGUUCAGAAUUUGGCUGUCAGAAUUUUAACUGGUUAUUAUUAUUAUUAUUAUUCCCAAAUACUUGCAAGAGUGCUUCUUCCCCUAUACCUGCCUGCGUGUGUUGAGAUCUUCAACAGGAGUUCAGCUUCAAGUGGUAGUGUGCUCUGUAAUAAGAAAUGAGAGGUAUUUGAAUGCCUUCCCCUAAAAGGUACGCCUGGCACCUAUUUGGCAAUCUUUUCAGCGCUAGGUUAAGACAUUCGUAUUUACUGAGGCAUUUUAAUUUGUAUACUCACUCAGCCUGCUUUUGUCCUUUUAAUCUGCUGCUUAAAAAAAUAUGUUAUGGCUGCACAGUGCUAGUGGUUUUUUUAUUUGGUUUUAAUUUUAUUACUCUGGUUUGUUGUACAAUGCCCUGAAAUCUGUUUUUAUUAAGGAUGGUAUAGAAAUAUGUUAAUUAAAUUGUAUAUCCCAGCUCUUUUUUAUUUUCCCCCCUUUUUCUUUUUGCUGUGGUGUUUCCAUAAAAUCACAGACUCUUGGAGUUGGAAGGGACCCCAGGGGUCAUCUAGUCCAACCUCCUGCAAUGCAGGAAUCCUAGCUAAAGCAUCCAUGAGAGAUGGCCAUCAAACCUCUGCUUAAAAACCUUUUGUUUUGCAGAAAUGGAGAAAAUUACUCUGGCAAUCAGGGUGCCAGUCCUUUCUCUACAAACACAAGCAUAAUGAAAGAACUGCUCAGCAGAGUAUCAUAAGGAUCAUAUUUUGCUAUGAUCUUAUUCAUAUAGACCACUCCCAAUAUUUCAAGUCUUGGCUAAGAUCGAUGUCUCCGUUAGGACUAAUUAUUGGUUAAAGCCAGUUCAGACAGGGUUCAGGAAGAGCAGGGGAACUGGGGCAAAGGAAGGCAAGAGGAUAUACACUUGCACCACCUGCUCACAAUCCCUUAACCAAGGUUAAAAAUAAUGGGAGCGUUAUAUCAGUCAUGGAAGCUGUAGCCUCUGACCAAGGCCACCCUAUCUGGAAAACCCCUGAAGUCCCAGUAACAGAUGAACACUAUUAUCUCCCCCUUCUGUUAAAUCCCUCUGGUUGUUCUAGCAUUCUUAAAGGAUUUACACUGGGGAUGCUAACCUCCUGUUCCAUUGUUUCAGGCACAGCUACCAGGAAACUGGAGUAUUAAGCUGCACCCAUGGAAGGAAAGGGGCCUUAUCGUAUCUAUGACCCGGGUGGGGGAACGGAAAAGGGAGCAUCUGCUGCCUUUGAACGGCUGGUGGAGGAAAAUACCCGGCUGAAGGAGAAGAUGCAGGGAAUUAAGUCUCUAGGUAACGGUGAGGAUGACAUGGAAGCGGAAAAGCAAAAGUUACUCAUUGUUGCUGUUUCCAGAAUGCCCAGGUCUGCGACAAACCUCAAAGAAGCUGCUUUCUUGUGUACUUAGCAGGAAACCUCUAAAACCUCUGUGGCACCAUAGAGGCAUAGUUGUAGCAGCACUUGAGCUUCCGUUGGGGAUAGCCUACUAGUUUCACUGGUGGUGACCAAAUCUGUGAUUUGGACUUGCUGCCCCUUGUAUGCUAAAGUCUUUCUGGGGGUGCUCUCUGUGUUAUUGCUGUUGCUCAAAAGGCCUUUGCCUCGUGUCUGCAUGUUGUUCAAGAGACGUCCCAGGUGAUGACUUACUGGCAUUUCUCACACGUGGGCUGUGUGUGGGAUAUGGACCUUUUAAAAUAUUGUGACAGCCAGUGGAAGAUCUUCAGGGUUUUUCAGUAACGCUGAACAUCGUAAGUGUGAAAAUUGUACACAGGUCCCGGAUGUAGUAGCAUCACAGGAAGAAUCUUUUUCUGUUUGCCGUCUGAGAACAUAAUCGUUUUCAGAGGCUGAGAAACAGUCCUGAAUAUGUCAAUGGGUUCCAACUCAGCAGCGUUUCAUUCCACAGAUGCACCUCUCUGUAGAUAGGGUUUUGAAUUAGAGGUAUAUAUUAGGAAUUUCUUUACUUCUAUUAAAGUUUUUAGUUUUUUUAAAGGGGUAGUUCAUAUUACCUAGCCUAAAGGAGAAUUCUUUGUGCCUCCAAAAGCUUUCACCAUUGCAUAUUAAACAUGCAUUGCUCUUUAUUCCAAAGCCUUUUAAAAUGAGAUCUUGAUAGCGAUACAUUUCUUAGCAAGCCCAAAAUACUGGCAUAAAAUUUGAGCUUUGUACGUGUGUGGCUGGGGUGCUUGCCAAUAAGUAGACAAGGCAAAACAUUGCAGUUCAGCUGACUACUUUUUCCUACAGUUGGGAAUAUCUCCAUGCUCGUCCCUUCUCCCUAAUCCAUGCAAAAAUUUAUGUGGCUGCUAUAUACAUUAUUCACAGUUCCAUCCCCUGCCCCCCAUGGCACAGAGAUCUUCUCUGUGUAGUAAAAGUACUGUGUAUAAAGCAGCCAUUUGAACUGAAAUGCAGUGGAGUUAGGCUAGAAUUGCUAGAGUUUGGCUAGUUCUGAUAACUAUGCUGAACGUGCUGCUGUAAAGAAAGAUCCUGCAAAUACAAAGGAGUGUUAAAUCAUGCCCUUGUUGUUUUGCCAGGGGAUCUAUUGGAAGAGUCUCAGUUAGAAGCCUCCAGGCUGCGUCAGAAAGUGGAGGACCUAGUGAAGGACAACGAAAUGCUAAGGUCCACCUCCUCUCUUGACAAGCUUGCGGAAAUGGCAGGUAUGAGCAUCAAAGGACCAACUGUUUGGCAUGUCCCAGUAACAUGUUCUAUGGCAGACCUAGAUUUUCACUGCAUGUGUGUGUGUUGCAUUUAAGGGAAUUGCAAGUUGGAAGGAAGAGUAAUAAGCCUCCAGUGCUGGUGUCGGCUGUCUUGCAUUAAGUGUAAAAAGCCCUUUCAAAAAAAAUAUACAUUCUGAUAUCACUGGGCCAUCUAUGCAGCCAACCUGCGUCUUCAGGUCUGCAGCCUGAAUCUGUGCCAUUUUAGUUCUUAGGGGUGUUUGGCUCAUGCAACAGACUUCACAGUAAAACUUGCACCUCUCCUCUCCCCUGCAGCCCCCUGUGCACCAUCAAAAUCUGCUGCAGCAGGUUCUGGGACCUCCAGAGCAGAUUCUGUGGAUGCUUGGCGAGAGGAGAGGAAGGGGAGGUUCCGUUGUGUGGGUAGAACUCUAUUUGCAUGGUUUUAGCUACAGCCCAGCCUCCUUGGAUUGAAUCAGUCCUGUCUUGUUGCAUGCUACUUUCUGGGCAGGUUAUGCAUAUGCAAAAAUAAAUCGAACAGCCUUUAGACGGUGGAACAUGAGGGAAGUUUUGGCCAUGCUUUUUGCUCAUGUUCACUGCUGUUCCCCUCCCUGAGAAAAACAUGAAAUCAAAUGACCAGUAACCAAAGGUUUUGAAUACAUUUUUGCUUCUGCAACAAAACUCUUCCUUCCACACCCCUGCCCUCAAACACUUUUUUCUUCUUUGAGGGCCGUGUGGUUUUAGGGGGCAGCUCACAGCCUACACUUUUGCACGCAGAAGGUCCCAGGAAUAAUCCUUUCCAUCUUCAGGCAGGUGAUGGGGCAGGAGCUCAUUCUGUCUGAGACCCUGGAGAAGUACUGCCAGUCAGAAUAGACAGUACAGGGCUAGGCAAACACAUAUGCCUUGGUUUGAGCCAGCUUCCUAGACACCCCCCCUGUCCCGGUGUGUUUUCUUUUUGAGUCUCAAAAAAAUCAUGGGUGCUUCCAGGUGACUGAUUUUAUUGAGCAUUCAUUCCUGUUUGUGGUGGGGAGGUCCAUCUACUGGGGGAGAGUGGGUUUGUUGUGCAAAACCUCCCCUUCAACUGUAAUUGCACAACCUGGGUUUGCUGGUCUGCGAUUGAGUCCCACCUGAUACUAGCAAAGUCUGGGUGUAACUAUGUGCAUGCCACACACAUUGCGCACAUACCCCCAAUUCAGGGCUUGGUCAACUGCCUUGGGUGGUAUAAUUUUUCAUACCAAAGAGCACCCAAUGGUCAAUUACUUGAUUUAUUUGUUUAGACCAUUAUUGGGGGUGCUACUUAGAGGGAGCUUACUGGCUGGGACUAGUGGGAGCCUUGCAGUGUACCUGGGAUCACACGUUUGAUAGAUCUGAGCGUGAAAGCCCUGAGAGCAGCCUCCUUUAACCUUAGAAAAGGUGACUGUCAUUCUGAUAUGCACCAUAUCAUUCUGAUAUGGCACACUCUCACCUUCAUCAACCUGUUGCUGGCUGGAGCUAAUGAAGCUUUUAGUCCAAAACAUCUGCAGUGUGCCAGGUUGGCAAAGGCUGAUGCAGUGUACUUAAAAAAAAGGUGACUGUUCUGUUCUCCCACCUACCACCCCUCUUGAGAACUAGAUGGGCUUCAAAUGGAAAAGCUGAGGGGUGAUUUUUGAUCUUUCAGUAUUACCGUAUGCUGAGCCCAGGAGGAAGGAGGGAAAUUCCAGCUGACACUCAUCAAAGGCCAUUUAUAUACAUUUGCAUCGCACACCAAACAUUGCUGCCUCUGUGACCCCAGAGACCAGCUACUGGUUCUUGCACAGGGAAGGUGGGGCUUGACAUGGGGGGAGUGUAUGUGUAAUUUGUGCAUGGGGACUUAAAACAAGAUGGGAAAGGGCAAGUACUGUUCCUUGUAGACUCUCUGGUGUGUGUUUUUAAAUUGGUUAUAAAAUGGAUUUGUUUUAGGCAGGUAAUAGCUGCUACCACCCCUCCUGUUCUUGAACCUGUUUCCUGUUAAUGCAGAAUGGGAGAUCUCUAUCCUGCCUAGCAACCUGUUUUCUCCUUUCCCCAACUUUCCCUUUUCUUCUUUGUACUUUUGCUGCUGUUGUUUCUGUUGGCAGAGUUGGAUCUCUGCAAUUAGAAAUGUUCACUUGCUUCUUUUCUCUUUUUCCCCCAGGAGGAAUCCCAGAUCUUUGCUCUUCCUCAGAGGUUCCAGGUGAAGAUCAGAAGGAGAUGGAAAAACCCACACAGAAGCCACCUAGCAGUGUAAGAAAUCAAACUUUAAAUAACCAUGGCUACAUAAAAAUAAUAAUAAUGAUUAAAGCUGCAAGCCCUGCUAGGCAGGCACAGGAGUAAGUCCCAAUGAAUUCAGCAGCAAGUAUUUCCGAGUAUGUAUAGAACUAGGCUGCGAGAAUGCUAAACACAUUGUAAAGGCAGUGAGGGGAAUGAUAUCAGAAUGACUUUUUCUUCCAAUGAACUACUCAGGUUUGAGGACUCUGGCAUUUUUAGUCUGUCCAUGUAACUGGAAAGAAGUUUCUGAACUAGAAGAAUGCUGCAUAACACUUUUAAUGAGCCACAUGCUCUACAGUAAAAUUGAUCAUCCCAGCUACUUUGGGAGGUGCUUUCUAUUUUGCAGAACUGGAGCUGAAAGAGCACUCUCUUUUAAACCGCCCUGUGAUAGUCAUUGAGGUCCAAGGCUGGUGCUUUUAUUCCUGACCCAAGAUACAUCUAUUAAGUCUUGCAAGGCUGCGGGGAGAGUCCAUUCCAUGGUUCAGUGUCUGAUCCCAAACUGCCUGGCUUUGUUGAGUGCCACUUAACUACAAAGAGAUGUCUCUUAGAAUGUUUCUGAGAGGUAGCUGCCUUAUGCCGUUGGCAUAUCUUGUUCACCAUGGCCUACACUGAUGCCAGCAGCUCUCCAGGGCUUCAGGAAACAACUUUUCUGAGCCCUUCCUGCAGACACCAGGGAUUGAACCCGGGAUCUUUUGCAUGUGAGGCAAAUCCUCUGCCGCCAAGCUCCAGCCUUUCCCAUAAAAAUGUUGUAGUUUUGAAUACUGUAUUAUUUGAGAAAACAUGUAGCCCUGUUUCAUUCUGUAUAAUGGACAGUUACAGAUUGCUGUGGUUUCUAAUAGUUAUUAGGUAGAUUUUGAUCUCGCUACGCCUCCAGUUUGGUGUGUAAGAUGCUAUCUUCCUUUCCCACAUGACCUUUUUAGAUCAAAGAAAUAAGCAACAUUUGGAAACAGCUCCAUCCAGUGAAAGAUGCAGUCCCACUCCCCUCUGACUUUGAACACAUUGCCUCUUGCUGACAGAAUUGGAGCCCAGAGAGGGUCACUGAUAAACGUUAGAGAGUUAUUGGCGCACUCAGAGAAACCCAGAGAUUUGCAGAACCACAAACAAACAAACAAAAUAAAAAAGCAAACAAAACUGCAAAGGAGCCCAGCAAAGACUAGAUUGACCUCCAGGAGCUCAGGAAAGUUGAGAAUUAGGUGGGAAAGACUUGACAGAAAAGCAGAGACCUGCUUGAACCCUUGACAGCCUAUAUUAUCAUGGAGGAAGGCAUAAUUGGACCUGUGUAUAUAAAGGUAUAUUCCACAUUAUCAGACGCAGGACCCACUUUUGACCCAAACAUGCAUUUGGGGACCCAUUUCUUAAUCUUUUAUUGCAUAUUUGCAUAGUGGUGGUGCUUUCUGUUGCGACUUAUCUUGGAUCAGGCAGCAACCCACCUUUUGAAGAUCAGUAUGCUGGGAGGUGAGGAUUUAUGGCAAUAUUUUGUUGCAGGUUUUUGCUUUUUUAUCCUGUUUCUAAGUAAGCAGGACACCAUAUAUUUGUUUGUUUGUUUUUUAAACACAUUCAGUAGACAGCGGGGAAACCCAAAUUACUCAUUUAAUCCCUACUCUGUUUUUUUCCUGUAAGGGGCCCAUUGGAAUUUGGGGUAUAUAACUCUACAUUCAUUCAUUUUCUCUACAGGGAUCUUCAUCUGAGUUUGAAAUUGUUGGAGCUGAGGAUAAAAGGUCUUCCCAGGGAAGCACCGGGAAAUCGGUAUGUUAAUCCAAACAGCUUGUUUAGAUUGAGACGCAAAAGGGGGGGAAAUGUUUUAUGGGUCGUGUUGUCUUGGAAGUUCCUUUGUUUGUUAACUUUUUGUGUGUGCGUUCAGUUCUGAUGUAUUUUUUUCAUACAAUCUCCUUGUGUGGUUUGAUAGCUCAGAGACAGGGAAAUAUAGAGGUCUCCAGAAGAUGAAAGCUAAACUAGUCAGCAGGUUUUAUUGAGCAGUUGAACUAUUUUAUAUUGCGUUUCACAGAGUAAUUUAAGCAAAAGAAAAGAAACAACAAAGGUAUCUGCCGUGAGCCACUCGCAGUCUUCUUUUUUUCACAUGGAGAAAACAUCAGGAGAAAGAAAGAGAUGUGCUGAGGAAGAAAUGACAAGGGGUGCUCAGUCACUGGAAUAUUUCCCCUCCCCAUGUUGUGGUCUUGAACUGGAAGCAGCAAUGAGUUGCUAUAAUCUGUAGCCACAUAUCUUGUGGGGCAGAAGGGGUGCUCAAUCCUUUUGCUGUGGACCGUUUUUCCUUUCACAAAACCCUCAGUUUCCUUAUGCCCCAGUAUGAUUAUAUCCAUACCCCUCUUUUUUCCUCCUUCAUAGAGCUAAAAUCAGCUGGGAAGUUAUUGAUGCUGGGGAAAUUGGUACAGGAAAGAAAGAGAGAGCUGCUCCCUCUUUGUAGAACUUUCUGCUCCAAGUUGCUGCUUCUGCAACUGAGUGCAGUAUGUGUAAAAAAAGUAAAGGGACCCCUGACCAUUAGGUCCAGUCGCGGACGACUCUGGGGUUGCGGCGCUCAUCUCGCUUUAUUGGCCAAGGGAGCCGGCGUACAGCUUCCGGGUCAUGUGGCCAGCAUGACUAAGCCGCUUCUGGCGAACCAGAGCAGCGCACGGAAAUGCCGUUUACCUUCCCCCCGGAGUGGUACCAAUUUAUCUACUUGCACUUUGACGUGCUUUCGAACUGCUAGGUUGGCAGGAGCAGGGACUGAGCAACGGGAGCUCACCCCGUCGCAGGGAUUCGAACUGCCAACCUUCUGAUCGGCAAGCCCUAGGCUCUGUGGCUUAACCCACAGCGCCACUCGCAUCCUGCAGUAUGUGUAGUUUGCCCCUAAAUAAGUGAUUGUUUCAGGACCUGACUUGGGCCACCAGCUGAGUUUCCUUGCGCUGGUGCGCUGCCGCUCACAGAGGCUGUAACCACACAAACCAGGCACGUGCCGCAGUUUUUUCAUUUGGCCUCUUUCCCAGAACAAGCUGAUGGGAACUCUCCUACUGAGAAGUGAGAAGCGUAAUCUGAAAGUGCUGCUGUCAAGAGGCUUCUCUCCCCCCCCCCCUUUCUUGCUCACAUAUGCAAAGCUGUGUGGUGGCCAGCUACUUCCUUCUCCUCAAUGAGAUGUGCAGGCUCACAGGCUUGGGCAGCCAGCCAACAGGAUGGCAGAGAACUCCGCUUAUAUCCAGACAGCACUUCUCAGGAAAGGGGCUGGGAAAAAACCCAAGUGAUGAAAUGAAACUGACUGGAGCAAUCUAGCGAAUCCUUCUAGAUCACGUGAACCAGUGUAAUGUCGGCGGUGGUUUUAGUACCUGCUUUAAAUAGCACCCCUGCCUCUCUGAAAGUUUUACAAUCUUUUAAUGCAGUGAAUGAGAGCUCUCACUUCACCUUCAUAAGCGAGGAGCUCUGGAGAUCUGACAGAUAUCUCUGGAUUUGGCUAUCUGUUCGCUUCUCAAGCCUAUCUUCUUAAAUAGGAAUGCUCUCCCCAGGGAAGUUCGCCUGGCACCUUCAUUAUACACCUUUAGGCGCCAGGCAAAAACGUUCCUUUUUAACCAAACUUUGGUUGAUUCAAUUGACAUCCUAUGCCCUUUUAAAAUGUGGGGUUUUGGGGGGGGGGUUUAAUCUUGAUUAUAUAUAUUGUGGUUUUAUAUUUUGGUUAUUUUUCUGUGAACCACUCUGAGACCUCCGGGUAUAGGGCGGUAUAUAAAUUCAAUAAAUAAAUAAAUAGAUACAUGAAAAUAUUUUGUUAAAACAUUAGCCCGCAAACAAUCUGUCUUGUUCAUUUGUGGUGGUGAGUUGCCCCCAUCCUGUCACAUCAGCACAGCUUGAAAUUGGAUCUGGCCAGUGGCAGAAUAAGGUAUACAUUCCUGUCCAAACCAGUGCUAACCAUGAGGGAGAAAAAGGGACUCUUCCUCCAGAGAAAUACUUUUAAAUAGCUGUUUCUUAGCAAGAAUCAGACCCUCUUUCCCUAGCCAGUGACUUCUGUUCCCGAGCCAAGUGCCUUCUCCUCGAUUUGCCCAUGACUUUCCUAGGGCUAUUACACAGAGCGAAGGGGGAAUCCUAACUCAAUUAUUUUAAAGCUGUCGCAGAACAAGUCCCUUCGUGCGUUGCUCUUGAGCCAGCAUGGGCGAGGCACAAGAAACAGAAGGUUAAAAGAAACAGCUCUUACAUAAAAAUAUGUCCUUUAAAAAAAAAAAAAAAAUUUGAAGAAGGUGUGGAACAGGCCCAGCAUCAGUGCUUGAGGAACUAGGUGGGGCAAACAGCCAUGCAUAUUUAAGGCACACACAAUGGGGGUUGUUGUUGUAAUGUCAACAGCUUGGCUUGCUGUUAGUUGCCUGUAGUAACUGCUUCCCAGGGUUUGCAGUAAGUUAAAGAGCCUUUCCCCCAGAUACGUUGGCAUCGUGUCAGCCAAUGUGGCUCCUGCCACAUCUCCAGGCUGGUGUGGUUAGGCGGCUGUGAGCGGCUCUCUUUCAAGAGGCAGCCAUGCUUGGCUGCUGGCAGAAACAGCAGAUGGUGAACUCUCGUACAUCACAAAGCUUUAUGAAUUCUUCUGACAACCGGUAAAAGUUGUGAUGCCCCAAAAGGUGCACCGUCUGCCUUAGGCUGCGCAGUUCUGUGCCACUUGUGAUGCUAUUACAUCGAAUCUAUAAUGCUUAAUCUGAGCAUAAAUUGUGUUAUGAAUGUCCAUUGGACGUUCUCAGGAUCUGACUGUCCCAAGGUAAAAGGUAUCCCAGGUUUUGUGAGCAGGAAGCACAAGCAGAAACCAGUGCAUACAACCGGAAGAGCUGUGACUGCAAAAAUGGCACCAAGCUUGUCGUGCAAUAUGGUAUUACUGAAAUGAAUUCAUGGGGAGGUGUAGAAGCAAUUGAUGGGAAGUAUAGAAACUUUAGAGAACUUAAGGGGAAAGCGUCUAGACUUUGAGCAGUCUGGGAGAUUGAUUCACAAGCAGUUUCUACUACAGUCAAACCUUGGUUCCCGAAUGGCUCCGUUUUUUAACAUUUCAGCUCCCGAACACCGAAAACCCAGAAGUAAAUGCUCUGGUUUUCGACACGGCUUUUGCUUGAGAGCAGGAAGCUCUUGCAGCCAAUCGGAAGCUGCAUCUCGGUUGUCGAACGUUUCGGAAGUCAAACGGGCUUCUGGAACAGAUUAUGUUCAACAACCAAGGUUUGACAGUACUGCUACUGCUCCCAAAUGAGACUGAAGCUUUAAUAUUAACUAGGAUACUACAAGUAGCAUCUGAAACAUUUUCCUAGAUAUUUGGGAUAGCUGUUGCCAUCAGAGUAAGAUAGUGCAAGGUCUUUUGCUUCUUGAAAAAGGCUUUUGCCAGUACACCCAAUGGGCAGGGACAACUGGCCGUGGUGUAGUCAGAGAGCCGUAGUCCAGCAACACCUGCAGGGCUCUGGUUUUCCCCAUCCCUGCUUUGGGAGACUGGUUGGAACCUGCCCAGAGUACAGUUGUCUUCCUUGGUGUAACUUCUAUUGAACUAGAAACAGAUGAGGCAAUAAAGAUCUGGCACCAAAGACACACUAUGAUUCCUGUGUGUAUUUCCCUUAUGAGUCAGCAGCAACAGAGAUGGACAAAGUCUCUUGCAAGACUGGGGUUUUUCAUUUUGUGGACCAAGUUCAUAGGGACAUGUUCACGGAGAGGCGGAGAGGAUGAGUCAGCUCAUGAGUCCUGGGUGAAAGCUGCUCUUUCCCUGCCUUUUCCCUUCAAGGAUUCCUUUCUGAUGGGCUGCCUGCAAGGUGACUCUUUGAGCUGGCAUGCAGCCUGAUCUGGCCAUACUUGCUACAUCUACGCAGGGUGACAUCCCUUUCCUGACCUGGAUUGCUUGGCUGUGAAUGGUGGCUUUCAUCUCCAAGGCAACUGAGUAACUAAUCAGCCAUAACAACCCAGACCAGGUUAGUGCUCCACUAUGCCCAGCUCAACCACGUCAGGGAGGAGGGUGUGGCUCUGCAGCUGCCUGUCAAGAGCAGGUGUGCCAUAAACCCAGGGCCUCGUAUAAAGCGGGUGCAUUUCAGUUGUAGAGCUUCUGACAGAGGGACGCAUGUGCCACCAUCACUUUGGAAUCGAAACCAAUUGGAACUGAACAGCAAGAGGUAGGAGUGAGAGAGGUGGGGAAAGGGGGAACGAAUUUAAGGUGGAAGUGGUGGUCCAAGUUGCAGGAGUGUUUUUCUUCAUUAGCAGUUUGGAAAUUACAGAGAAUGGAAUGAAUAGAAUCCUUAUUCAGAGGUACUUGCUAGAGAGUAAAGAGGUGUGCUCAGCUUUUUGUUGUUAUUCAUUGGUUGUAAAGUUUUUCCCUGCGCUUGUGGAAGGGCCAGAGCAUCUGCUUUGCAUGCAGAAGAUUCAACCCCUGGCAUCUCUGGGUAGGACUGGAAGAGAACCCUGCCUGAAAUCCUCAGUCGGUCUGUGAGGGCAAUACUCAAGUAAAGGGACCAAUGAUUUGACUUGGUAUAAGGCAGGUCUGAUGAGGUGGCUCCUAGGAGUGUCUCUGUUUUCAGUCUCCUUGUGGGAGACAGAACAUUUCUGAAUGCCAGUUGCUGGAAUCCUUAAGAGGGGACUACUCUUUUGCUCAGGCUUCCCACGGGCAUCUGGUCGGCCACUGUGAGAACAGGAUGCUGGACUAGAUGGGCCAUUGGCUUGAUUCAGCCAAUGAUUCCCACUGAUUCAGCCUCAGAGCCAGUGUGGUGUAGUGGUUAAGAGCGGUAGUCUCGUAAUCUGGGGAACCGGGUUCGCAUCUCCGCUCCUCCACAUGCAGCUGCUGGGUGACCUUGGGCCAGUCACACUCCUCUGAAGUCUCUCAGCCCCACUCAUCUCACAGAGUGUUUGUUGUGGGGGAGGAAGGGAAAGGAGAAUGUUAGCCGCUUUGAGACUCCUGAAGGGGAGUGAAAGGCGGGAUAUCAAAUCCAAACUCCUUCUUCUUCUUCUUCUUCUUCUUCUUCUUCUUCUUCUUCUUCUUAUGUAAGCUAGCACAUUGUCUUCCCAGGAAGCCACAUGCCAUAAUUCCAAGUAUACAGACCAAAGACAAGCUGCCUUGCUCAGUUGUGAAGGAAAGACACCAAGUACAUGAUCAGAGACACUUUAUUUAUCAUUCAUUCAUUCAUUCAUCCGUUCUUCGUAUAUUUAGUAUGGAAAAUGAACUCUGAAGCUUGGAAGCAAACUAGUUCUGGCAAUCCUUUUUUUUUUUUUUUUUUUUUUUUUACUGGCAAGGUCAGCUUAAAACAUUUAGCAGUCCUGAGGUGAAGGAAAAAUGGCACAUACACAACUGGACUAGCAGUUGAAUUUUUCUUCAGUUCCAGCAAUGAGGAGGUGUCUUACUCUGCGCUUGAGGGUAGCAGGCACCAAACUAUUAAGUGAGACACACAGCUCUGUCUUUCAAAGAGAAGAACAGCCAAGGGGUCAUCCACUACUGUUCUUAGCAUUUGCCGCCUGAAGCAGUAAUCUUACUUUGCCUUAAUAGGAGGGCGGGCUCCAUUUGCUGCUUACAGCUAAGGUGCAUUCAGGUGGAAUUUUCAGCAAUAAUAGAAACAGGGCAAAGGUGAAAGGAGCAUGGGUAAUGCAAUGAUUUCUUCUGGAAGUGCAGAAUACCACAGACAAAGGCAAGUGCCUUAAAGACACUGGAUCUCUCUAGAAUCAUCUCCCAUGCAGGGCCUCAAGGACUAAACACUGGCCUUGGUGUUUUAGCCCAACUUAUGUUCCUUUUGAGGAAUCAGAGUUGGACAUUAAAUUAUGCUUAGAGUGCUGUUGAACAUUUAGACCAUAAAAUGAGAGCAAUUUUGUACUGUUCACAUUCCUGGUCAACCCACCUUAAAAAAAGAGAGAGGAAUUUAUUAAUUUUUUUUAAGUGGAAGAGCUGCAGGCAACGGCAACCAAAAGGACCAAGGGACUGGAGAAGCUGAAGUGUUUGGGGAAGGGCUGUGGCUCAGUGGCAAAGCAUUUGGCUUCCAUGCAAAAAGUCCCAGGUUCAGUCCUGGCAUCUCCCAAGUAGGGUUGACAAAGACUAAUGCCUGAAGUCGUGGAGAGCCACAGCCAGGGGGCUGACUUGGUAUAAGGCAGCUUUCUGUGUUUUUUGUUUUAGAAAAAAACACCACUCAAGGUUGCCAGGGCAGUUGAGUGGGACUGUGAGGAGGAAAACUCUCCCUCUUCCCUCCCAUGCCAUCUUGUCCACCCCCACCCUGCCAUUGAAGCAUGGGGCAAAGUGCAGCUUCAGGGUGAGAUUUUCAGAGGGAAAAUACCUUGUCCAGGAGAAGCAAACCGUGCCCCCCCCCCCAACAUGGGGACUCUAUUCAGCCUGCUUACUUUGUAGCUGAUAUUUCUUUAAAUAAGUCCAGAGUAACUCAUCCUGAGACAAAAGUGUUGCCUACUCUAGGCCUCGGAUGAAGGAAGGAAAAGGUGGCAAGCUGCUUCUCUGAGCCUGCCUAAACUUACCCCUUAUUUGCCCUCCUCCCAGAUUUCAAUGUUUCUGUGCCUCCGUGUCUUUUGCAGGACAUUGAGCCACUUCAGAACGAGGACGGCAACCUGAUGCUUCACCUCCAGCGCUUGGAGAACACGCUGAGUCUCUUUGCUGAGGAGUCGGACAAAACGCAGCUCUUUGCCCACCUGGGUCGCAUGGCUCUGGAGUUCAACCGGCUGGCCUCCAAGGUGCACAAGAACGAGCAGAGAACAUCCAUCCUUCAGGUUCGAAGGCUGCUGGUAGAUGUGCAUAGUUCAUUUUGCUUUUCGGUUUUCAUGAACAACUGUCUUGGCUUCCUCUCUUCUCUACCCCCACCCCACCCGACUUACAUGUGCCCAUCACUAUCUAAAUGCAUUUACUGUUGGGGGGGGGCAAUGUGAUGCACCUACCCACAACACUUUCCCCCCCGCAAAAAUAAUUUUUAUUUCUGACAGUAAGAGCUGUCAGACUCCCUUGGAAGAUGGUGAACUGUCCUUCAUUGGAGGUUUUAAAGCAGAGGUUGAAUGGCCAUCUCUCAGGGAUUCUUUAGCUAUGAUUCCGGCAUUGCAGGGGGUUGGACUAGAUGACCCACGCGGUCCCUUCCAACUCUACAAUUCUAUGAUUCUAUUCCAUACAAUGUACGGCUCCUGGUGCAAUACAAGGCACCAGACAUGCCCACACCUUCCACCCAUGACACCCAUCCAUUACAACAAAGGUGCAACUCAGUACAAGUAAGCUCAACAUACAUUGCAGAUAAAUAAUAAUAAUAAUAAUUUUAUUAUUUAUACCCUGCCCGUCUGGCUGGAUUUCCCCAGCAGAUAAAAGCAAAAUAGGAGAUCAGGAUACAAAUAAGCAGAAGAAAGAACCUAAGAUCAGCUAUUGCACCAACCAAGAAAUAUUACAAGCCACAUAGCUGUUUUGGCCCUGUGAUUUUAUCACAUUUUAAUUUCUCCUUCCAGGGCUAUUUCUCUGCCUUCCUUUUCACUCACUCCCCCCUUUAAAAACAACAACAACAACAUGUGGCCAGUAUUAUCACUCCCAUGUGAUGGAUGUUGAACUACGCCUGGGAAAUAGCAGCAGCUGUGCAGUUUUUUUGCAGCUGAGCUGAGUCUUUAACUGGGAACUUCUAGAUCGCAGUUCCACCUUUAACCACUACUGUACUGAUAGCAACAAUUAAGCCCCGUUGAAUACGUAUGUUGCCAGUCACAUUGCCACCAGGCUUUGCGUUCAAGUACUCUCUAAAGCCACCCGUGCUCUGGCACACUGUUGGCCUCAUAAAGGUUCCUGACCACCGUUCGCAAUGCACUGUGUUGUCAAUGGGGGAAACACUGGCAUCUCUGAAUGAAGCUUCGCUUUAGUUUUUAUUCCGUCAUCUCUUCUUCCCUUUCCAACUAGGAAGGGAAACUUUGAGGAUAUGACACACCCUUAGUAAGGCAUCAGAGACCCCCCACAACCUUUCAGGUCAUAAACUCACCACUAAAAGACUUUUCCCUGGGGCAAGCCAUUGUGCAAUUGACCAUUUAAAGGGUGAUUUAUACUUUGUGUCAGUAAAUUAAACGAGGGAAGUCCUCAAGAGGAAGGAGAAUUGCGUUAUUCCUUUUUAUUCCCUGGCAGUGAUGCCCAGAAGUGCGUCCUUCUACGGGCCAAACUGAACAGGAUGUUAUUCCGUGUCAUUUGGCAUUGCACAGUUUGCAAAACACCAUGACAAAUAACCAGCAUGCUGGGGGGGGGGGGGACUGUCAUAUGGGGAUCUGGAGGACUUUAACCCUUUUGUCCCAGUCAGUCCCAAAGAGGUGCAAAUACAGGCUGCCUCUAAUCCUGACUAAAGUGGCUGAUAUUCUUUGCACCUACCAUUUGCGACUUUCACCCCAUUGCGAAUAGCAGGUGUGGAGGGCAGGGCAACAGGGGCUGCCUCUGAUCAGAACCGUGAUGGGGCAGAGGUUUAAAGCCCCCUGCUCCCCCAUGAUCCCAAUCCAUCUCCCCACACCUGUAGCAACUAUUAGUUCCCCCCCCCAAAAAAAAAGUCAUGCAAGGUCCACAUGAAUAAUAUCCUGUUUACUUUGGCCCUGCAGUUUUAAUAGGCAGAUAUAAUUCCUGCUUUCUUAUUCCCAUCUUUCCUCAACAUUAGAGAGAACCAGAAUAGUUACAGUGUCAUACCAAGGCUAUGUAAGUGCAAAUGAACCUCACUGGAUGAGCUUGAACCAGGGGCCAUCUCUCAACCUAACCUGGUUCCCAGGGUUGUUGUGAGGAUAAAAUGGUGGGGGAGACCCAGUCUCUGUCCUGAGUUCCUUGAAGGAAAGGUGGGAUAUAAAUAGCAAGGAAGACGGGGUGGAAUAUAGCUUUGGCAUUCCUGUCAAAAUCUGAGAAAAGGGUUCAUGGGAUUGGGGACUAGGAAAUUCAAAUUUCAGCAUCGACAGCUAGCUAAGAGCAGGUGGCCAAUUUCCAGAAGCUGUUUAUGACCAAGAAAAUGGCCCUUGGCUAAUAUGAUAUAACUCUUUCCACUGCUGAUGCUUCUCGUACCCCUCUCCCAUUUCUUUUAUACAGGCCUUGUGUGAGGAGCUGCGGAACGAGAAUGAGGAGCUGAGGGCAAAGUUGGAGAAGGAACUAGAGCAAAGGAACCAGGUUUCAGAGAAGCUGAGGUGAGGGCAUGUCAGGUGGGAAAGGAGAAUGCAGUCAUGCUGGGCAGAGCAGUGAUCUAGGCGUUUUCAUUGUGUGUCUGUGUGUGAUGACUCUGAAGUUAAUAUUGGAAGCCUGAAGCUGGUGGAAACCAGCCUCCGCCCCUUGCCCUGCUCUGCUCCUAGGGAGAUUUCGUAAGACCCAUCACACUGUACAGCCACCCUGAGCAAGCAUUAAAGAGCCCAGAAGAAACUUGGAUUUGAGAGAUGAGUGCAGUUAUAGUAGAGAACACUGGUGCUUAGAAAGUUCACUUUAGAAAAGGAAUUCUAGUUCAUCCCUUGCAAAAAAAAAAGGGAAAAAAAAGAACUAAUUCCAUUCCAGUUCAUUUCACAGUUCGCUUGUGAUGGUGCUUGGCAUAUAUUUUUCAGCCUUCAGAAUUUUGCAAGCUGUCCUGCUAAAGUAAAAAAUACACUGCAAGAACAACAGAACACGCAAGCAUUUUAUUUUUCCCAACAGUUCUGAUCUUUAAGCUUUAAACAGCAUCACUUUUCAGAUAGGUAAAAAUGGCAAAUGCAGUGGCCACAAUUACGGAGUUAUGUGCAAUGAAACACAUGCGCACACACAUAUAUAAUUAAAAUGAUUUUUAAAUCUCCCAAAUUUCACUGCAAAGGAAAUUUAAUUCAUGUUCAGUUGACCCAGAACUACUUUCAGGUGUAAUUCGGAGAUUUAUUUUUUAAAAAAAUAAUUUGGUGAAUUAGUUAAUCUGAAUAGUUCAUUCCAAGCACUGGGAGUCCAACCCACCUUGCAGUAAGGAACAGAAGGAGUGGAGCCACUCCCUGAAAAGUAACAAUAAUGGUGGGAAAUCCCAGAGAAGGAUAAGGGGAAUUUCCUUGCAUUGGGUAGCACAGGGUGAACCUUGGAAAAGAGACCCUAAUACCAGUGCUGGCCCACCUUGGUGUUGCCCUUUUCCCCCCAAUAAGUAAUCCCCCAAAACACUCUGCAAGUGUUUGUCUAAGCAAGCCCCAUCCUCAAGUUGCCAUGUAGUGCAACCGUCUGAAGUGCAUUUUACGGAAUGUACUUAGAAGUAUUUACAUGACAGAUUCCUGAUAAAGUCUGGUUCUCUAUUUGCACAGAGGCCUCUAAAUGCCUUCAGUCGAACCUGCAUAGCAGCCUCCUUCAAGCCAUGAAGGUUUAAAAGGAGCAAGUGGACUUGGAAACAUGGAUGCAGCAGGGUUUGCCUGCAUGCCCCUGCCCCUCCACACACUUCGAACACCCCUGGGCUCAGGCAAACACCUUUCCCUAGCCUGAAGAUCAUGAAGUCCUUUGGCCUUCUAAGACCCAACCAGCAGUUCCCUAGAGACAGCAGACACUUGUGUCCUGAUUGCUUUGGCUGGGGAAGACCCAAGCUUCUCUGAAUAGCUGGGCUUUCACCUUCUUGAUAUUUCCAGUCAAAAGACCUUUUAAAAAGUUGUCCCUUGGUCUUCCUAGAUGAGAUGCUGCCCUCUAGAGGCCCUGCCUGAUUGUGACUUCCAUGCGCUCUCUGAGCUGUUCUCCAUUGUGGUCUAUAAUGGCAGAGCUGGCCCUCAGGAAAGAAAUCUUGUCCUGAAGUCUUGUACUGCGUCACAUUCUGUUGCUGAGGGGGUGCAAGCUUUAGAAUGUAAAAGACUUUGACGCCAGGAAAACCACCCCGUAAAAUCUAGCCACCAUACCAAGCAAAAAUUCAGAACAAACAUAGAAGUCUUGCAUUUCAAACUUCAGGGGCAAUUGUCCUCUUUUUAAUUUACUUGCAGAUCUUAGUAAAGAAGAAACUUUACCAGGUUCCAUGGGGAUGUAGACACUGUAUUGAUUUGUACACUGCCAUUGUUAACAUAAAAGUGAACUAAGAGACUCGUUUUUUUUCCUUCAAAGGUUAUGUUACUUUAGAGUAAUGAGAUCCUCAUUGGCACUGAAAGACCCUUAACUGGUGGUAUGUAACCAGGGAGGGCAUCCUUAGCAGGAUCUGCCUCGCAAGCCAAACAGGACAGGUGGCUGGGGCUGCCCACCUGUCAAUCACAUGCCAUCCUUAUGACAUCACAUGGUUGACAAGUUGGCCUGGCCUUGUGCUCUGAUCUCAGAGCUUUAAAAGGGAAGUGGGCGGAGACUCAGAAAGCCUUUUCCAAGUCUCCUCCUGCUUCCCUUUGCAGUCCCUUUAAGAUAGGAACCUAGAGUUUUUAAGGCAGGCCUAUCAUAAGUAACACUGAGCCACUUGUCUCAGGUGGCAGAGGGGCAGCCAAGCAAGCAGCCCCCUGCACAUACUCCCGCCAGUGUGCCAGAACAAGUGAGCCCUUUUGCCAGACACUCCCAUGCCAUUUGAGGUUCAGUUGCUGGCAGCUGCAUGGCUGGGCACUGUGGCGAACCUUUUCAAGACUUGGGAGCAGCUUCACCAUGGCGUUUACAGUAAGUGGCAGCCCUGGCACACACCAUGGGGCAGAGGGGCUCUGCCAUGCCUCAGCUGGCAAAAUGUCUUUGGUCAGCUCCAGCCAGAAGAAUGAUUUCUCUUCCCUGGUGCUCAUCUUGCUAAUAUUAUUCCUUCCCAAUGUAGGUGUGAGAAUCUGGAGCUCAGGAAGAUGGUGAUGAUGAGCAGCAAAGAAGGAGUCAAGGCAGAAGGCGUAGAAUGUGCUGGACAGCAACAGGUGGGAGGCUUUUCCCUUUGAAACAGAGAUGGAGAACCUGAGGCCCUCCAGAAGUUGUUGGACUGCACCUGCCAUCAUCCCUGACCCUUGGCAUUUUGCUUGGGGAUGAGGAGAACUGGAGUCCAACCACAUCUGGAGAUUCCCCAGCCGUGUUUUAAAACCAGAUAGUAUGUUCAUCUUGGCCCGCUACCCUGGGCCUGAUCUUGCAGGGUAACUGUUCAAGAGCGCAGAACUGGAGUGGAGUGGCUGUUGGACUUCCUCCUCCAGCCACUUGAAGGCUUAAGAACUGCCUCUUCCCCACCCCCACUCCCCACCCCCACAUGCAUGCAUGCAUGCAUUAAGCAUGACAGUAAAACCACCCUGGUUGUUAAAUAGUGAUUGCUCUUAUUUGCCUUUCCAAUGUAUGGUUGUUGUGGGAGAAAAUAGGUCUUACUGUCCAGUUCUUUGGAUGCUGACAUUGGGAAGGAGAAGCUCUUGAAUUGUGAGCUGCUUGCUAUGAUCGGCUUAGCCUCUUCUCAUGACCUUUUUGUGUGCCAUCAUUUCAGAAGGGGGCCGCAGAGGAGAAAGCCACAGGGAAAAGCAUGUUGGGGUCAAGUGAGAAGAAAGUGAAGAUCCUCGAGCACCAACGCAACGAAGUAAGCAGGACGCCUGCCCCAAGUGACCUAAGGCCAGAGGAGAGCUCAGCACAUUUAUUAUUUUAAGUGUUACAUCUCCUGCCCCUUAAAUGCACAGUUUCCUGAGACAACUCACAACUGUAACGAGUCACAAUACUGCCCCGGCAAGCGGAGAAACCACAAGGCAGGGCAGUGUUGGAUCACGUUGAAAGUGUCAGAGCAAAGAGCAGUGCUUUCAUUCCCACCCCUCACCCCCGAGAGGUGAGCAUCAAGGAAGCCUGGGAAAUGAACCAGGGAAGAGCCACAGAGGUGGAUCAUCUUGCAGGGUUCAAGCCCUGGCAUCUCUAGGUAGGGCAAGGAGAGACCCCUGUCUGAAAGCAUGGAGGACCAGUCAUUGUAGACCAGGCAUAGGCAAACUUGGCCCUCCAGAUGUUUUGGGACUACAACUCAUCCCUAGCUAACAGGACCAGUGGUCAGGGAUGAUGGGAGUUGUAGUCCCAAAACAGCUGGAGGGCCGAGUUUGCCUAUGUCUGGUGUAGACUAUACUGAACUCCGUGAACCAUUGGUCUGGCUUCCUACAUUCUGCCACAACCCAAAAGGCCCUGUUACCAGUUACUUGCCUCACUUGAGAAGAUAGGGAUAGCCUGAUGAGGACCUCUGAAGACGGUCUUAAAUGUCAGGCUGAUUCUUGUUGGGACUAGACAGUGCUUCCCAUAUCUCCAGGAACCUGACAUCUGCCCCCCCCCCCCCUUUCCUUGGAAACAUUGAGAUCUGAUUCAUACCCUCGACAUAUUGAGUGAGCUGCUGCUCCAUGAUGUUGUCAUGUGGUCUAAACUGUGAUCCCACAAUGGUAGCCUGCAUUAGCAGCAGGGUCAGGUGCCUUUUUCUGUUCAGCCCAGGAUUGUCUGCUGACAAUGGCUCUCUGGGGUCUCCUGCUGAGAUCUUCCCUUUUAACAUCGCAUCACCUUUUUUAACUGGAGAUGCCAGGUGGGAUGGAGCUGCAACAGUAGCAUCCAGGCAGCAGCAUUGCUGCCAUGUGUCCAAAAGAGGUGGCAAGGUCGGGGCUGCAUUGGUGCGGCAGUGGAGCCAGUCCAGUGCCGCUGCUGCUCAACUCCAAAUCUACCACUGUCACUCCACUCCUCCUGCCUCCGAUAAGCAGCAGCAGGUCUGCUGCUAGGCAUUUAUUGUUGCAGGAAAGCUGCUCCUGCUGUUCAAGAGAGGCCCAAGGUCAACCAGCUUUGGGUGCUAUCAGGUUUGGCAAUCUAUGCAGAGCCUGAAGGAGGCUAUUCCUGUAAGAGAGUUGCUGGACAGACUAGAAAGCGCUGGCAAUAUAGUGCUUUGGCUACAUCAGUAGGGAACUGAGAUUUUGUCCUUUGAUAACUCUGUGCCUUUCCUUCUAGCUGCUGGAGGUAAAUAAGCAGUGGGAUCAUCAUUUCCGGUCCAUGAAGCAGCAGUACGAGCAGAAGGUAAUAGCAGGGUACCAAAUGCCUUGCACAAAUCAAGUUUUAUAGGUGACAGUUAUUUCACAUAAUAUGACACCAAGAGAACUUUGCGUUUCUCUCAUAUGCCUUGUCGGAGAGGAAGAAUGUAAACAGGCAAGUUGCUAGAAGGAAAGCUGGGUCUCUCUAUGGCACUGACAUUUUCUCUCUGGCUUUAAUGCUUUUUAUGAUAAAUGUUUGUCUGCCAUCUUACUGGCCUGCAUCAAUGCACCAAACUCAACAUACGGUUGACAGUCAGCCAGAACAAUCAGAUUGUUGUUGUCUGCCAUCUCUUAAUCUCAUUACUUCGGUUAGCUUGGCUUAUGCUAUAUGCCAGAUUUUAUUUACCCAUUCCUUACGCGUUGUGAUCCUAGAACUUUUCCCAUUUUUAGCUAUAAGAAGCUGAGCAGCUGUUAAUAAACCAGAGAUCAUUACCUAUUGAGUGGGCAUGUUUUCAUGAUAGAUUUCCAGUUGAACUGGUUUUAAUUCCAAUAAAAAUUCAUAACCGGUUGUCCUUUCAAUAUCUCUUUUAAUUUGACUUCAAAACAUUGGAAUACCAGGGCAAGGCCUCUAGGGUGUGUGUGUGUGUGUGUGUGUGUGUUUUGUCUGAGAUGUCCCAUUUUAUUAGCAUUUUUAUUCUCAUUUCUCUAUAGUAUUCUCAUAGAGUCAGACAAGAGAUACUGCAUAUUUUUAAAUGUUUGCAGUAUUUUUAGCUCUGUUCUGUAGUUUGUUUCAUGUUUCAUGUCAUCUCCCCCUCCUGGCAGAUAACAGAUCUACGACAGAAGCUUGCCGACUCCCAGAAAGCCCUGGGGGAGCUGGAGGCAGAACGAGAGCAGAAGCAGAGGGAUUUUGACCGUAAGCUCCUGCUGGCUAAAUCCAAGAUUGAAGAGGAGGAGGUGAGUCUGAUAAGAGUUCCGACAUACCCUGAAAAUGCAUCAGCACCCACCGUGGCCAAUAGUCAGGGAUGAUGGGAGUUGUAGUCCCACGCACAAGUUCUGCAUCCCUGUUAUAAAAGAUGAGACCAAAGAUACUGAGCAUGGGAUAUCGAGCCUGUCUAGUGUGAAGGUAGAUGAGCUAGAUAGUAUAUUUGACCAGAGAGGAUAGGACAUGGGUUAGAGGGAUGGACAGGCAGUUUGAAUUAUGAUGGCAAAGCUAUAGCCACUUGCAUUUGUUGAGAUUUCAGCAGGCUACCCAGUUAUAGACAAUUAGUCAGUGGCAGCUGUGGGGAACUUUUGGCCCUCCAGAUGUUGCUGAACUACAACGCCCAUAAUCCCUUGGCCGUUGACCAUGCUUUCUGGGGCUGAUGGGAGUUGUAGUACAGCAACAACUGGUCUGUGACAGUAUGUUCUCAAGAAGGUAAAGGAGUCUGCAAGGCAGGAGCCUGAAAUUUAUUUUUUAAAUCUUCUCCCAAUUCUCAUUUAUUUCAUUUCAUUUCAUUUCCAGUUUUUCUGCUUCUGGUUUUGAGGCAGGGAGGGAGGGUGGUAGAAUGAGGAUUUGUGGUCCUAAGGUAUACGGCUGUCUUGACUUUUAUGACUUUGUCUUUCUCAGGCAGAAAAGGAGAGACUUGCCGGUGAGGUGAAAGACUUAAAACAGAGGGUGAAAUUCCUUCAGGAUCAGUUGGCUCCAGUCACCAGGCAAAGGGAGUACCAGGAGAAGGAGAUUUUACGGCUUAAUAAGGUGGGUAAUAUACUUCUGCUUCUCUGUAGCCAUGCCAGUUUUUCCUACCCCAGGUUAUGAGCUUUCCUGGACAGUAAGAUAGCGUUAAAUCUCUUACAAUAUCUGCAAACAUAUUGUUUACUGAUGCUAAGCUGCUGUGGAGAAAAGACCAUUUUAACUGUCCUCUCUGUUCCUGACCCCCCUCAGGCCUUAGAAGAGGCCCUGAAUGUUCAAGCCUCUGCUCCUUCUCCUUCGGCCUUCAACAGCCCCAUUGAACCUGGAGCAUCUGUCCGGCAUCAGGAGGUGGUGACCCAGAAUGAGCUCCUAAAGCAACAGGUAUGGCAGGCUUCCAUGAAGCUAGGACUCCCCUUGGUUUGACGCCAUUUGUGAGCACAAAAGUUAUUUCCAGAAAACACAGUGUCCCUUUUGCCUCCUAAGCUUGUGCCUCCCAGGCUGGGGCAACGCAGUCAGAUGGGCAGGGUACAAUGUUGUUGUUGCUGUUGUUGUUAACGUCUUUGAAGUUGGGCUCAAAACACGGUUGUGCCCAUUGCCUUUUCCUGACAUCAGCGUUGGGACACUUGGCGCUUGCCAUACAUUGGGAUUGUAUCUCUGUGAACCAAGGACUUCACUGUCUCUUGUUCCCUGCCAGGUGAAGAUUUUUGAGGAGGACUUUCAGCGGGAGCGGAGCGACAGAGAAAGGAUGAAUGAGGAGAAGGAGGAGCUGAAGCAGCAGCUGGAUAAGCUUCAGAAGCAGUUGGUGCUCACCAACAGCCAGGUAGGAACCCAGAAAGCACAUUCUGGUUUCAAAAAUUAGGCCACUCUGAAAUCCCAGCCUGCUGACUGAUCCAGCUGCCCUGUGCUUUCCAAAAUCCAAAAGACUGCUACAUACCCUUUCUAUCCAUUAGUUUCAUCUCCCAUGUUCCCUCCCCCCACAUCAGUGUCCAAUUUAGGCACUUCCACUUCUCUCCCCCCCCCCCCCCCGUCUUUAUCAGCCUGCUUCCCGUUGCCUUCUCCUAGGCCUAGCCAUGAUCUUCAGGGGAUCCCUUGCUAUAUCCUGCAUUGCUGCACUAAGACUGCCCCCUUCUCCCAGAGGGUAGCCAGGAGAACAAAGAGGUAAAAUCUCACUUAGAAAGUGAAGGCAUCUUCUGGAAGUUCUUCAGAAUCUGGAUGCAGUUCACAAACCACAGUUCAGUCACUUCACUCCUAUAUCAGGGCUGGGGAACCUGUGGCCCUCCAGGUGUUGCUGAGCCACAGCACCCAUCAUCCCUACCCAUUGGUCAUGCUGGCAGGGGCUGAUGGGAGUCCAGCAGUGUCAUGGAGAGCCACAGGUUCCCCAUCCCUGCUCCACAGGUUGCUCACAUGUGCUGCCUGUUUUAUCCUUAAAGGAAAAGAGAUAAUUGUGUCAUUUGUUUUAGAGGGAGAGGGGGAAGAGGCAUGCCAGUAAGCAAAGACAAGGUGUGUUCAAGUAAGAUUGGGUAGUUGCUCCCUCAGCCAGGUGGUUCUUGCUGUCUAGCAUGUCCGUCGAAAUCUAGUAUGGCCUCUUACUUCCCUCAGUCAUGUGACCUCACUGGACCUUUGUAAGAGUAUGCUGGGGCAACCUCUCCUUAUAUCCACGCAGAGGCCUAGAGCCAAAGAACUGUGUUAUGUGCCGCCUUUUGUGCUCCACGAGGGCACCUAGAUUCGGAUGGAGCUCAGCUGCUCUAGCAGAUUUGAGCACAAUGUUUGUAUAUGGUCUCCUUUGAUUUGCCUGGCCUCCUUCCCAGCAUGCAGUUGACAGGGAAGCCUUUAGCUCCUCGCUUACCUGUGGCCUUCUCUCUCCCUGCCAGAUGCAGAUUUUUAAAGAGGACUAUCGUAAAGAGAAGGAAGAGAAGGACAAGUUCAAGAAGCUGCUCAAGCAGCACAAACAGGUACAGAACACCAUGCUAAGAAAAGCACUGUGCUGAAAGAUAGGACUGCUCAGGCAAUACCAAAUUUAGGUCACAGCCAGUUGAACUGAGGGCUAGGUGGACUGUUCAGAGGGGAUGGGAGCUGGGGGCACUGUCAUACAGUGGUUCUACUCCUUUCUAGAAAGCGGUGUUGGGGGAUGAGUGUUCAGACCCCUGGGCCCUCACUUGUGGGGUGCCUCAGGGUUCCAUCCUCUCCCCCAUGCUUUUUAAUAUCUAUAUGAAGCCACUGGAAGAGAUCAUCGGGGUUUGGGCUGGGUGUUCAUCAGUAUGCAGACGACACCCAGCUCUACCUCUCUUUUAAAUCAGACACACACCGGGGGGGGGGAGGAGGGAGAGAGAUCUACCUCUUUAAUCCACCCCAGCUGGUAAGGACUGGUUCUGGCCCACAGACUAUAGGGCAUGAUAUCCCAUUAAACUGACAGUGUCAGAGUUGUCUGUAGAUGGCUUUCUGUUUACCUAUCCAGGGAGAUCAAAACUGCUUCUACAUGUAGGUCCAGAUUAGAUCUGAGUCAUUUUUCUCUUACUAUCCACUGCUUUUAUUUAAAAGGUAACUCCUUUUCCUCAGCCUACUCUUACUUUUUCCUCCUGGCAACAGUGAGAUCAAAAUACUGUGAAGGGGGCAUGGUGUUCCUUCAGUCAGCCCAGGAUGAAAUGUCCCUGGAUGAAAAGUACAGGAUAACCAAAAACAAUAAUGCCUCCGCCUCCACAUGCCCAGAUAUUCCAGUAGUAAAUCAUUAGCCUUGUGUGGCUUAUCUGUGUUUGCAUCAUUUUCAGCCUCCUGCUUUCUCCCUUACAGCAUUCUGGUGACAGGCUUCAUCCAGAGCCGCAGCCAGGACCAGUGGCCCCAGUCUGCCCCAUGUACCAGUUCCAGUGCCCCACUCCAGUCCAGCCCCACAUGUAUCAUGGUUAUGAGGAGUGGCAGCAGAUCCGUUACCCACCAGCGGCAAUGCCAAAUGAGCGUCCUCCAGUUCAGAACUACCACCGAUUCCCUCCUGUGAGUUAACCAAAUCAGAAGGCAUCAGGGCUGUGGAAAAAAGGCAGCUGGGAACUGGAGGCUAUAAGUAUAAAGCCAUCCAUUGCCUUGUUAAACAAUAAAUGAAGAUCAGAGGCUCAGGAUUGUCCCAGAUUCUGUGCAAAACUCCAGGUGCAAGUGAAUCCCCAGAACGAGCAGCUCUGCUUCUCCUAUUCCAAAAUCUGAAAUUGUUGGCUUUGCCUACCAGAAUCUGUGCUCAAAAUUUUGUUGCAUGUCCUGAUUCUUUCUUUAGUUCUAGAAUUCAUAUUAAGUUCUUCCUCUCGAAGGAGCCCAGGGCAUGUUCACCCCAGUAUGAACGGUUCUGCUUAGCCUAUUGCCAGUGCUCCCUCCUACUUGCACAGUGGGGCCAUUCAGUUUGGAGAAGCAAAGUUUCCAUUUUAAAGCACGCAUUAGCUGUGCGCCAUGUUUAUGCUUGUUUGUUUAUGUCUUACUCACUUUAGCCAGAAUAUACCUGGUAUCCACCGUGUGUUAUUUCACAAAAUCAGAACGCGCAAGCGCCAGAUGGUGGGAAACAACUCCCCAAGGAAUCGGGUAAGAAAGAGGUUCAAACUUCUUUGGUGAAAUUCCCGAGAGCUAUUGUGAAUGCUGCCUUUCUUUCCUCUCCUCGAAGGGUCUUCUUAUCUGCUAUGAUAACAGUGCAGAAACGUUUGGCUGCUCCACAUGGUAGAUCAUUUCCAUUGCAGGGGCGCCUUCAUGCCAUCACCAGCACCUGACAUUGGUAGCUUUGUGGUGACAUGCCAAUUUGCCACACAAAACUGGGGAGGUUCACUCUACGGCAGCCACCCUGUGUGCUGUAAGGGCACUGUUUCAAGCUGCCUUCGCCUGCCUAUCAUAACACACAAACGGGCCCUGAACAAAUAGGAGGAAAGGAGGCGGGAUGCUUGAAGGUACACAUCUUUGUCAUGCCUGUAAGGUCACGUGGGUUUCUGAUGUAUGCGAUUCACAGAGAUCUAACUGGUCUUCAAGUUCAUGGAAAACUUACACCUCAGUGUUUCAGGGAGCCAGAGGUGUGUGUCUUUGGGCCUAGCUCUCUCUUCACCGGGUGGGUGGGCAGGCGUGGAGCCCACAACAGUUUGUAACUGCUGAUGACCUGCCAAAAACUGGCGGCUCAUGCACUGAACCACAGUUUAGUGUGUUGUGCAGAUGCGGCUGAAAUAUACUAAAUGUCAUCGGCCAGAUUUUAAAUAUCCACCAGGCAUUUGGCUAUGGAGUUCUCAGCAGUUGCUGUUAGUGAGGAUUGGGAUGGUGGAUUCAGUUCAGCUCAAAUCUCUGUGAGCUGAACACAAUAGUAUAUUGUUUAUCAAAGACCUGUCUGCCACUUUUUGUAAUAUUUGUGUGUUUUUGUCUUUCAGACCCUACAGGCCUUGGGUUACCUAAAAACCAAAGGCCCGCCUAACUCUAUGGCCAUGUGCAAGAGCAUAAAAGAUGGAGUUGUGAUAUACGCAUGUGAGUCUGCAUGUACAGAUAAAAGCCUCCUUGUGCUCCUGGACACUAUUCACAUUUAUCUGUGUACAUGGAAUACAUGUACACUUGGAUGCUUGAGCUAACAGCAGCUUUAGCAGGAUUUUCUGAAGACGUAUGGAAGAUACUGCCAAGGAGUGACAGUGGCCCAGUAUUAUGGGGAAAACCACUGGAAAUAACUACCUGGGUCUCCCUCUCACUCACUCAGCAUUUGGAUGAAUAACUCUUUCUGACCUCAAGGAUUCAACUGCCAUGGAUCCACUAUCAGAUUCCAGUGGCAAACACUGGCAGCCCUGUGUCAACAGAACCUAUAUCUAGCUGAUUCCCCCUGUGAUGUGACAGCUUUACAUUUACGGCAUCUGAAUUUGGUGGCAGCGGAAACAUUCUAUGUGCAAAAUGACUUUUGCAGAGCAGCUGUUGUGGCCAAUGCCUGGACAGGUUACAGACACUGAAUUUUUGCAAGGGGGUAGGGAGAAGGAGAAAUCCAAUCCCUGUAUAGUGUAUAGGAAGUAAAAUAUACUUUUCCCAUGCUGAAUAUAUAUUUUUUAAUUUGCAUGUCGAGUCCAGUGGUUUAGCCCAAGGAAACAUUAUGCUUCCACUGAGUUGUGCUGUUCAGCGUGGUUAAAACUAGUAUUUGUUUGUGUAUUGCGCCACAUACUCAGUUUAUACAUAUACCUUAACUUACCCUCCUCUUAGUAUUGGCAGCUUCCUGCAUUGUUUUCCUGAGCCUGAAACUCUGUUCCUGUCUCUUUUCGAUCCCACAGUAUGAAAUCAAACCCAUUAGUCUCAAUGUAAAUGUGGUCUGUAAACAGGCUAGCAGGUGUUGCUGCACAGCUUCUCUCUCUCAACUCUUGAAGACAGCUUGCUGGACUAGAUGGACUUCCAGUCUGAUCUAGCAAGGCAGUUUUUAAAUGAUUCCUGAUGGACUGGAUGUGCUAACGAGAAUAGCUAAUCUUUGGCUGCAAUCCACUUUCCUUGGCGUAAGUCCACUUGAGGCCAGUGGGAUUCACUCCAGAAUAAGGUUGUGCUGUAAAUGUGGUAGUUUAGUAAAAAAAACGAAGAAGAGUUGCACUCCUGGUGCAGGGCAAUAGUGACUAGCAAAGGCUUUUGAGGAAUAUGUGUUGCAUAAAAUCAAAGUUUAAAAACUCUGCUAUAAGUGGUACUACUGAUGUUACCACUGUUUUACAUGAGUCGGAAGGAAUCACAGCUGUGUGGCCACCAAUUGCAUGUGUUGUGGUCAGCUGUGUUACUCUUAAAAGAGCAUUGAUGGCAUAAUGAAACAGCUUGGAUGCAAUUGGGGCUCAGCUUUCUAUAGGCAUUCUGCACACUGGCUCGAUAUACGGUUUCUUCCCCAAUCUCCUCCUCGCACGGAGGCUGGUUUCUCCAACAAAGCAGCAGCAUCCUUGUGGAAGUGGAGAGGCUUCAUUUUAAGAUGGGAGGGACCUUUGAAUGUGAAUGAGUGAAAGAUGAAAUACAGGGAAGUGAUGGUUGUUGCUUUUUAAGAGACAAAUUAAUUAUGAGGGUGCACCAUACGGUGAAUAGGUAGGAUGAAAAAGAAAAUAAGUGCAUAUAGAAAGUGGCUGAGGCAGAGUCUGUAAAACCUGCAAAGACUUUGGUCAGUAAGGUUUCCACUGUUCCUCAGCAUGAUAAUCCCUAAGGAAACAAAGGUGCCCUUUAUUUUGACAUUUCUGUAAAACCUACACUUGUUUCAACCACAGAUUGCUUAAAAAAAAAAAAACUGUUUUGAAAUGCUGAUCCAGCUAACCUAACUGUCAUAAACAUUUCUUUCAAAGUGUGCUAUGCAAGAGGUGGUACAAAUGGCUUGUUACAUGCUGCUGUAAUAACUGGAAUACUCCAACCUAGGGGUGUAUCAGGGGUUGGCCAGGUUGGCCCUUGCCAAGGCUGCAGGCCCAGGGUGGCACCAAAAUCGUGCCCCUUCACUCCGGCGCUCUGCCCAUUGGCACGCUCCCUGGGCUGCCACUCCACUGCUUUGGGUGGCUGGACAAGGUGCACAGACUGCUCUGGGCACCUCGGCAGGCCCCCGGUGUGAGCUUGGAGGGAAGAAAGACAUGAGUUGCAAGAGGAGUGAAAAGGAAGGAAGCAGAAGAGGAAGCAGUGAGUGGAGGGUGGAAGAAAGGCGGGUAGGCAAACAGAGAGAUCAGUGGAGGAGGUGGUGGUAGGGAAGCUGAGCAAAGUGGACUUGACCCUGAUGGCCACAAAGGAAGUCAAUAGCGGAGUGUGAAAGGCAAACUCUUUGAGUUUCUGGUCCAUGGUAUCUCCUGGCUUCAGAGGGGCCAAUAGAGCUCCUUGCCGGGGUGCCCAGGAACUUAGGUAUGCCUCUGCUCAAAUGAUUAAUGCCAUCAAACUCGGCAGGGAAAACUCUUUCCUUGGGAAGUAACCAUAAAGGAUGGUCCUUUUUUCUUGUCCUCACAGAGGGAAAGAAUAACAAUUUACAAAAUGUUACGUUGCAAGAUCAAUGCAUACCACCCCAACAUAGAUGUUAUGGCGGGGGCACUUGUAACCCCCCUUUUCUUUCUGUCAUAGGAAAGAAAGAGGUGAAGGAAAGCCUGAGUAGAAUUUACUGUACACAUCACUCUAAAUAGUAACACCUAGUAUUUUUGCUUGCCGAUCUUCCUAUUGUAUAAAUGUUAGAGACAUUUUGUUUCGGCAAAAUGAUAUUAAUUAUAUAUAUUAAUUUUAUUCUAUUCCUAAUAAAGUGUGAUUUCCCCCCUCCCCUCCUGUGAUCUACAGUCCCUGGAGUGUUAUAUCGAAGUGAAAUGUGUCUUUGUGCUAUCCGGAGCUAUUUAUUAGAUGCCUUUUGGAUUGCCAUAAAUGAAAAGAGAAUGAGUGUCAGGGUGCUGGAUAUUUCCCUUCAUCAUCUGUAAGAAAUAAUUCCCUGCACAGCAUAGAUGGGGAGCCAGUAGUCCUCUGGAUGUUGGACCCAUUAGCACCAAGCAAUAUGGGCUAUGGGAUCAGGGAUGAUGGGAGUUGUAGUUCAGCCACUGGUUAGCUACCCCUGAUCCACAGUGCAAAAAGUGAAAGAGAAAAUCCAAGUUCUCUCUCUCUCUCUCUCUCUCUCUCUCUCUCUCUCUCUCUGUGUGUGUGUGUGUGUGUGUUGUGUGCUUGUGUGUUUUAUCUUCUCUUUGAACCUAUAUUUGCAUGAAGUGAACACCAAGGGGAAACUGCCUCAACCAGGGCAUCUGGAUACAGAAUGGAUUCAGGAUGUCAGAUUCUAAUGCUAUAACACAGUUUUGCAGUGGGAAAGCUGGUUUCUUUUCUUUAACAGGGGCAGUUUUUAGUAUGAUAACACAGAGCAAAAAAGGAUGAGCUGUAACCAGAAACCCUUUCUGUUCCAUUUUCACCUAAAUAGCAAACUCAUUAGGUUGCCUUAAUCAAGCCUCUCUCUCUAUAUGGGAAGAAUACUGACUCAGCUUAGAGUUGUCAUAAAGGAUCAUUGUGUGAAUGGCUUCCGUACCCUCUAAAGGCACCCUAUAAAUUGGGGUGCCUAACCUGUGGCCCUCCAAAUGCUGCUGAACCACAGUUCCCAUAAUCCCUGAGCACUGUCUGUGUUGCCUGGGAUGGAUGUGGAGGGCCUUGGCUUAGUGAAAAUGCUAGUGGCUGUAUAGACAAGCUCCCGUUUUGUUAAGACUGUAACCUAGCUAGAGGAUUCAAAUUCUCCAAGGAACACACAUCUUGUAUUGCCACCAGAUCUGCACCCUUGCUUAAAGGAGAGUCUCUCACAAGUUGCAUUGAGUGCUUGCUGUUUUUUUAAUUAUUAUUAUUAGGCAGUUUUUCAUACACUGGGUGGGUGUGGAAGCAAAAGAGGCUAGGAUCGUGGGGCUGAUCAGAAAGACUGCAUCUCUGCAAAGUUGAGUUGUGGGGCAGCACGAAUGCACUAGAAGAGCUGCUCCACUGUCCCUUCGCAGCCUUGGGCUAGGUCCACCCUUUGGGAGCUUUCAGACCCAACCUUCAUACUGAUGCAUCAUCUUGUCCCCAGAUCCCUCUCUCCUGUCAUCCACACUCGGAGGAAGCAGUGCCAUCUUUGAGAAACUUCAGUCAGCAUAACCACUCAGCCUGGGAGGGUCUGUUCAGUUUGCUGUGGAAGGGAGGUGGCCUGUGCCUUAUCCAGAGCUGUCCAAAAUGUGGAUCCCAUCUGUUAGCAAAAGAUCUGCCCAUCCCUAACAGGAGCAGUGUGAGUUGGGUUCUUAUACCAAAGGGUUGCAAAUAAAGAUCUCUAAGACCUGAUAGUGAUGUGAACCAGAGGCAACCAAUAUGGUGUUUUCUAGAUCUUGUUGGGAUAUGACUCCUAUCAUUCUUGACCAUUAGCCAUGCCUGAUGGGACUGAUGGAAGUUUUAGUCCCAACAAGCCCUGGAGAGCACCGUGUUGGCUGCCCUGGUGGAAGCACUAGUCUGUGAAAGCUUAUGCCACCAUAAAUUGGCAUAACUGAGUUCUAUAGAUAGAAGUGAGUGUGGUUUGACUUAUAAAGCCUGAUGGCUAAAGACUGCUGAAUAUAUAUUUGUAUAUAAAUAUGUUAACAAAGAGUGGGGAAAGAGGUCCCUCCCAUGCUUUUAAUGUCGUAGUAUCAAAACCAAAAGACUACUUUGUGUGUUGUAAUAUACAGUGAUACCUUGGUUCUUAAAUGCCUUGGUUCUCAAACGCCGAAAACCCGGAAGUAAGUGUUCUGGUUUUCAAACAAUUUUUGGAAGCCGAACAUCCGAUGCGGCUGUCGGCUAUUGUUUCCUGCACCAAUCAGAAGCAGAGCCUUUCUUUUCAAACAUUUCGGAAGUCAAACAGACUUCUGGAAUGGAUUAAGUUUGCCACUUUGUUUUUGCUAUUUAUUUUGCGUUUUUGUUUUUGAAGCUUUUUUGGUUAAUUUGGUUUGUGACUGUGUGGAACCCAGUUCAGCUAUGGAUUGAUUGAUUGAUUGAUUGAUUGAUUGAUUGAUUGAUUGUGUGACUAUGGAAAUGGAUAAAAGCCCCCCAUCCAAACAAUGACUAGCAUCAGUGCAGGUAAAAAAAAUUUAAUUUUAAUUUUUAUCACCUAUAAUGCUGUCUUACUUAUUUUAUAGUACAGUAAUUGAUUAUUGCUUUCAUUUUAUGGAUCAGUGGUCUCGUUAGAUAGUAAAAUUAACAUUAAAUUGCUGUUUUAGGGGUUGUUUUUAAAAAUCUGGAACAGAUUAAUCCAUCUUGCAUUACUUUCUAUGGGAAAGCGCGCCUUUGGAACAGACUUCCGGAAUGGAUUAAGUUUGAGAACCAAGGUACCACUGUGCUCAGAUUUGAUCACAGAAUUGUAGAGUUGGAAGGGACCCCAAGGGUUGUAAGUGUGUUUGGGAAAACAGGUCAGUCGAGUAAGGGCUGCAGUCUGAUUUUGAAUAAACUAGUACAUAUUUAACAUUAUUUCUUAACCUUUUGCUUUUGGUCAAAGGAAGUUCAGUUUCUUUUUCUGUGAUUUGAGGAUUAAAUGUCUGGUUCUGGAUAAAGCAACAGGUCUCCCCACCCCCACCCCUCCCAUCUUAUUUCUCUACAUCUACAUGACCUCUAGCCCAUUGACAGGUUCUGCUGCUCCCUCAUGUAUUUCAGGAUGUCGCUCUUCACAGUGCCAAUGUUGGUCCUGUGUGCCCACCUCAUCACAGGCUUCCCGUCUGGACCAACCAAAAACUUCUCAAAGUUCCACUUGAUAUCGUGGACCUUCAGCGGUUCCCAAAAAAGUUUCUUGGGGUCACCAAAGCUUUCUAAAGGAGGCGGGCAGGAGUUCUACCAGAGAGAGAAAGAAAAGCAUUAUUUACUUUGCUGUUGUUAGAAAUGGAGACCAUUUGAGAGAAGGUGCUUUAAGAAGUAUAAAAACAAGCUUUUCGUCAUUGCAUUUCGUCAUAGUGGUGUAGGGGAGAUGUAGGCAACUGUGAACAGGAAGAGAGGAGUCUGAAAUGUACUAUAUUUUUUGCUCUAUAAGACUCACUUUUUCCCUCCUAAAAAGUAAGGGGAAAUGUGUGUGCGUCUUAUGGAGCGAAUGCAGGCUGCACAGCUAUCCCAGAAGCCAGAAGAGCAAGAGGGAUUGCUGCUUUCACUGUGCAGCGAUCCCUCUUGCUGUUCUGGCUUCUGAGAUUCAGAAUAUUUUUUUCUUGUUUUCCUCCUCCAAAAACUAGGUGCAUCUUGUGGUCUAGUGCGUCUUAUAGAGCGAAAAAUACGGUACUUCCUGACAGUGACUUUUGAGCCUAAUAAAGGGCCAAACUACCCUAUCCGCAAGUGGAUAAUGAUGCUGCAACCUGUUUUGUUAUUAAAUGAAUACCAUUCAGGAGGGAAGAAGGUGCUUAACCUCUCCUCACCAGCUGCUUUUCUGCUUAAAAUUUCUCCCCCUCCCAGCUGCUUUUUUCUCUCUGCCACGUUCCACAUAGGUGCUUGCCUAUCUAAAAACUUGUAAUUUUCUUGGCAGCCUCACCCCUGGCAUUUGCUUAAAGAGAACUUACUUUCUUGGGUCCCGAGUUACAUUUCCAUUAAUGGGAGGGCCAUGAUCUAUUUAUGGGAGGGACCUGUGUCCAUUGGAUACCCACACUGGCAGAAGAGGGAGAGAAAGGGAGGCACGUCUCACUGAUUUCCCCUUAUGGACCCCUGCUCCAUCUCUUAAGCUCUUUUAUAGGAGACCCCAGUCCUGAUUAUAAGAACCCUGCUGAAUCAGGCCAAAGGCAAUUCAGUGUCCUUGUUCUCACAGUGGUCAACCGUUGGAGAAGAUUUAGUGGGGGCACAAGGGGAAAGGAAUAAAUUGAUUAGAAAUUGCCCCCACCCCCUUCUGUCAGUGGGAGCAUCAUCGGAGCAGAGUUCUGUUUGCGGAAUCCUUAGCUCCAAGCUAUUUCCCUUAAUGAGCCAGGAUGAGACGUGGUAGAGGUUCAAAGGAGCCGAUACAAACCUUCAAGAAGGUGUAGAUUCUCUGUUCUUUAUCCCCAUUCACAUCUCCUUUCUGAAAGAGCUGGAAAUUUGGGACAAAACCUCCUCCAGGCCUGACGUAUCUGGAACAGAAGGAGCAAGUUUAACCAGCUCUUUUGCAGAGAGGCUACAACAAGGAAAAGUUUCUACUCUGUUCAGAGGACAGCCUCCUGGCCCCUCCUCAGAAUCUAUUAGGCACAGUCCCUGCUGCCCAGCCAUAAAUAUCCUUUCCAUUCCCUGCUCCCACGCAAUCACUAUUUCCAAGGAAGUGUAGGUAAGUUCCCUAGAGAUUAAAGAGUGUUGCCUACCCCACCUUCUUGCCAGAAGGAGAAGAGAAGUGAAAAUUAGCAAUACAGUGGUACCUCGGGUUAAGUACUUAAUUCGUUCUGGAGGUCCGUUCUUAACCUGAAACUAUUCUUAACCUGAAGCACCACUUUAGCUAUUGGGGCCUCCUACAGCUGCCGCGCUGCCGGAGCACGAUUUCUUUUCUCAUCCUGAAGCAAAGUUCUUAACCUGAGGUACUAUUUCUGGGUUAGCGGAGUCUGUAACCUGAAGUGUAUGUAACCUGAAGCGUAUGUAACCAGAGGUACCACUGUACAUGCAUGUGAGUCUGCUCUGGGGUACAUGGUAGAGCCACAGGAGAAGGAGAUAGUGAGCAACUGUAAGCAUUAAAGACAAGAGGCUUUCUAAAUUAGCCUGUUGUGCAGUGUAGAGUUACCUGGUAUAACCAUCAAGUCAUGCAGUAGGUGUACUCACCUCAGUCCUGGAAGGAUUUCUGCGUUUGUGCCAGGUUCUUGUUUUCCAAAUUGAUUGCAUGGGAAACCUAGGACAACCAGUCCAUGAUUUCGCAGCUCAUUCUGUAGUGCAUUCAGUUCUGCAACAUAAUCACCAACAGAGCAAAAUCCCAAUUCAGACUCUAAUUGAAUUGCCACAGUCCCUGCAUUCCGCUGCAAUUUCAGCUACAACCUGUACCCCAAAUACCUGCCAUUUGAGGAUCACACUUCUGAUGGUGACAGCUUAUGCCACAAUAAAAAUGGUUACCAUUUAAGGUGCCAAAAGAAUUAAUACUAUUGGCUAUCCCUCUAGAAGUCACCUGCAGGACUUAGCUCAAUAAAAUACUUGGCUCAAAGCAUACUUAUGUGACGGAGCCAUCCUAAAGUCAACAAGAGGCAGCGUGGCAUCUCUGAACAUUGCGUUGUGGAGAUGAACCUCCAAGAAUGGUCCAUUUGGUCCACCAUGCUGUUCUCACAGUCGCCAACCAGAUACCCGUAGAACUGAGAAAGCAGGACCAAUGCACAAUAACACUCUCCCCUCCUGAUGCUUCUGGCAACUAGUAUUCAGCAGGCAGUAUCACUGCUGACCAUCAAGACAGAACACCGCCAUCAUGACUAGUAGCUACUGAUAGCCUUCUCCUCUAUGAAUUUGCCCGAUCCUCUUUUAAAGCAUCCAGGUUGGUAGCAAUCGCUGCAUAAAUUAAUGAUGCGCUGAAGGAGUAAUUUAUCUGUCCUGAAUCUCCCAAGGGAAAGGCAAAUCUGCCUAAGUGUAGAUAUGCCUGGGUUGAGCCUCGGAACCUGUGCUUAGGCCAGAUCUCAUCUGCUGCACGUGACACAAUAAUAAAGAGGAAAGUAUCACAGAACAGAUUAUUUCCAUCCCUACCAAAUAAUCUUAGCUAGUCUUCAUGCUUCUGGGCUUAAGAGACAGGCUCUCUCAGCUUCUGACAUUGCUGGAAGUCUAGUGCCUCUUAUCGAAAGUAUCCACCACUAGGGCAUGUGCUGCUAGCUAGGCUUCUCUUCCUAGCUGAGAAUCUUACCAAGGUACUGCAUUGUGAGUCCUCAGUAGGUGGCCACAUUGACAAAGAGGACCAUCCUCCCCGAGUACUGCUGGAAAGGGAUGUACUCAUCACCGUUUAUGGUGAGAGCCCCAUAGUCGUAGAUUGUUCCUGCUUUCGUGUUGUAGCAGUCCACCUGGAGGGAAACAAGAGAGACUCUACCUGAAGAAGGAUAAGGAGGUGAAAGAAGAUACUCUGGAAUGCAGAUCUGCACCAGGGCUUUUCUAAGAGCUGCUUUGACAGCUCAUAUACAUUUCCACAAGUGUACCCGGAUGCCCAUACUAUGGAAGGAGAUUGGACCACAACAGGGGAGGGGGACCUCAGGCCAAAUGUUCCAUGCAGGUCUUUUUACCCAGCCUUCGGGACUCUACUGGUCUUGCUUCGCCUUAUCCUGGAGUGUUUCUGCCUGGCUAAACUGUGCCCUAGAAUUCUGAAAACAACUCUCGAUUGCCUGGCUAGAGGGGUGUGUGUGAGCAUGUGCAGAAUGCAGCCUACUGUGCAAAGAUUAUAUUGGUUGUCCCUCCCACUUUGGGCUCUUGCCCUGCUCUCCUCUGGCAUGUGGCCUCUGGCAAAUUGCCCAGAAGAGAAUGCAGCCUGAAGUGGCCAAAGAUUCCCUACCUCUAGAGUAGUAUGAGAACCAGUCAUCCCACACAGUCUAAAUGGGUGACAGUGAGCUCUUCAAGCAUGGAGGCCUUUCCACGCUUGCACAACAGAGAAUUUAUUUACUUAAGAAAAUUGACUUAGUCAUCAGAGGCCUUAUACCAGCAGGAAAUAUUGUCAGCGUUAAAUUUCUUCCUUUUGAUAUGGCCCAAAACAGAGUUGUGGUGACCUUUAAGGACUGGUCGGUAACUAAACAAAUCAUGGACAAGAGGGACAGGCUCCAGAGGGCUGGCCUGUUGGUGACCCGCCUUUUUGAAGAGUCCGGCGUUCCACCAUCCCUCUUAGGAACACGUAAGCCGACUAGUCUGCGCACAGAAUUGGAAAUGGCUUCUGAAAACUGCAAACAAGGUCAACCGGAGGCAGUCAAAAUUUCCAAACAGAAGGCUAAGCUCCAAAAAACUUUACUCCCUUCCAAUGAACCCAAAAAAGAUAUCUUAAAUGAAAAGGAGAUGCUCUUUCUAGCCUCCCUUGAGCAAAUUCAACAGUCCCAGGAUGCGUUAAUAGCUAGGUUACAAACCAUUAAAAAAUCCUUAUUCCGCCAAGGUUUUUCUGCUCCUUUGGAAUUUAAUUUUGCUACUAACACAACAAAGCCCUUAUCCAACGAAGACUGGACGCAGUGCCGGUUCCUGUCCCCCGAAGAAGUGGGUUCUCCCACACAACCCUUAACACCUCAAACAACAACACACCAGGUAGACCUUGCCAUGCCGAUGAGUAGGAACGGUUCAAUCUUUGUGGAUGCCUCAGGAUCCUUAGAUGGCAUUCAGGUGGAGGAUUGAAAGACAGAUACAGCGAGGGGACACCACGCCAGUGAAACAAAACUCACUAGGUUAGUACCUACCACAAAGGAUACCAACAGCUCACUCCACCUCUAUAAAAACAUUCAUUCCAUCAUCCUAAAGAACAAACGGAGAAGUCUACCUUUGUUCCCCUCACCACCAUAUUUUCACAUCUUAUCGUGGAAUGUGGCGGGCUGGCUGUCUAAGCAGGGCGCUGCUGAUUUUCUGGAUUUUCUCUCAAAAUUCCAGAUUAUUUGUCUACAAGAGACCUGGUGCCUAGACUCUCAUCCCCCUUACUUACAGGGCUAUGCGGCUUUUGCUACCCCUGCGAAAAACUAAAUAACCGUGGCCGACCUAGCGGCGGUUUGGUCACUUUUAUUCCUAUAGAGCAAGGGUACAGGGUGCGACAACUGCAGUGGAUGAAGAACAACAAUUUUCAGAUUUUACUUAUCUCCAAUAACACAGGAGGAGAUCUUCUAUGUUUCAACGUCUAUAUCCCCCGUGUGUACUUCCUCUCAGACAGUACAAAUCUGGGAAGAUUUGGAGUCAUGCUUGGAGAAGGCCAAAAUAGAAUUCCCUGACUGGAACAUCCUGCUGGCAGGUGACUUUAAUGCCAGGAUAGGCAGCGACAUCAAUUCGUAUGGCUCCAAAACCCAGUUUCUACCAGAGGCAGACUGGCUUAUCCCUUGGAGUUCUGAUGAAAAGGUCUUGAACAAGGCAGGUAUUACAUUACUGGAGAUUGCUUUUAAGCAUAAUCUGUACAACCUGCAUGGUACUUACAUGGACAGGUCAGGAGGUUUCUUCUCUUUUAUCGGCCCUCGUGGUGCAAGUGUGAUUGACCAUAUCCUGGUCUCUCCAACAAUUUUGGAGAGGGUACAGGGUCUCAGCACUUUUAAUAGAACUGAGAGCGACCAUCUUCCUAGAGCAAUCUCACUAACUCCCCUUGAAUCAGGGGGAUUACAACAUCUACAUUGUGCAGCCCCUCCCCCACGCAGGCGUAAAUGGAACAGCGAGCUGGAGCUUAAAAUUAAUCAACACCUGCACUCUCCAGAUCUAUUGGUUCUGAGAGACCAGUGUCCUUUACCUAACUUUGAUCCUUUUUCACUAUAUCAGCGGGUCUCAGAGUCCCUUUUCCCAUUCCUUAUAAACACCAGGCCUCCCAUACAACAUAACAAAUCGGGGGCCUGGUUUGACAAAGACUGCCGGAAGCUAAGAUCCCUGCUUAGGAAACAACAAAAUAAGGUAAAACAGGAGAGGACUUUGUCAUCUAUGGUAAAUUUCCACAGAUGGCGCUCUCACUAUAAAUACACCUUAAAACUCAAGAAAUCCCUUUACAGGAAGAAACAAUGGGAGGCACUUGAUAAGGCGAUUAAAUCGCGAGACGAUAGAAAAUUCUGGGCAAUAGUAGCACAGGGAGUCUCAUCCAAAGGAAAAAUUGUAAACAGCAGUAUUCCAUCCGAUGUGUGGUAUCAACACUUUCUCAAGCUAUACACACUCUCAAAUACUGCUAAUUUGAGUCCGCUCCUCCCAUUGAAGAAUGAGCAUCUAGUUAGUUGGGAUCCUGUUACGGAAUCAGAGUGCCUACAGCUAAUUAAAACUUUAAAAAAUGGCAAAGCUCCUGGCGAGGACAUGAUCCCCCCUGAGGUUUUUAAAUUAAAUGCCCAAUGGUGGGCCAUCUUUUGGCCAAACUUUUUACGGCAAUGAACAACACAUGUAAAAUCCCAGCAAAUUGGAAACUAAGUGUGGUAGUCCCUAUCUAUAAGAAGGGAGACAUUCAAGAUCCAGCAAACUACCGCCCUAUAAGCCUUCUGGACAUCGCAUACAAACUUUAUACCCGGUACCUAUUAAACAAGCUGGUAGAUUGGGCGGACCAUUCUAACCUGUUCAACCAGGAACAGGCAGGAUUUAGAAAGGGCCACAAUACGAUAGGUCACUGUAUGGUACUACAGACCCUGGUAGCUAAAUAUGCAAAAGCGUAUAAGAGCAGACUCUUUGCGGCCUUCGUAGACUUGACAUCUGCCUUCGACUCAAUCUGUAGAGAUAGACUAUGGAAAAAUUAUAUGAAACGGACAUUGACAGACGACUUUUAAAAAUUCUCAGAGAGUUACAUACAGACAUUACAGUCAAAAUCAGAACUGGGCCAUCGGGAACUCUUACGGACCCACUGCCAUUGGGGAAAGGGGUCAAACAGGGAUGCCUGCUAGCCCCAUUUCUUUUCAACUUUUAUAUAAACGACAUUGUCCAGUACAUGGCAAAGUACAAGUCAUCGGCUCCAGCCCUUGAAGGUAAACGCCUGAAUAUUUUGCUAUAUGCCGAUGACAUGGUUUUAAUGGCACUCACCCGAAGAGGCUUACGCAGCAUGCUGGAGGGGAUCGCAGCCUACUGUUCCCAUAAUUCACUAAAGAUAAACCAUGAUAAAACAAAAAUUGUGGUGUUUACUAGAGCUCGCCACACCUUUAGAUGGUCUUUAGAUGAACAAGUGAUUGAACAGUGCCCUUUUUUAAAUAUCUGGGUGUUACAUUCCAGGCUACAUCUAGCUGGCUAGCCCACUUUAAGGCUGUAACCAUCCUAACACGAAGAACAAUUGGUGUUUUGCUUAGUUUCUUCCAUACCAGGGGAGGACAAUUGGUGAUCCCGGCAUUAAGAGCUUUCGUUGGGAAAGCUAUUCCCCAGAUGUUAUAUGGGAUAGAACUCUGGGGGUGGAACCAGAGGCUGUUGGAACGGCUUGAAAUUUUGCAAAACUACUAUCUCAAGAAGAUUCUAGGCCUUCCUCAAGGAACCCCAGCAGCCUUCUUGAGGGUGGAGGUUGGUUUACCCUCUGUGUCUGCCAGGGCCCACUUAAGAUUCCUACGAUUUUACAUCAACCUUGCAAACUCUUCAAACACCUUAUUGGCCAAACAUUCCCUACCUCUAGAGUAGUAUGAGAACCAGUCAUCCCACACAGUCUAAAUGGGUGACAGUGAGCUCUUCAGUGACUUCCAGCUUAGCUCUACAAUACAAAACACUGCAGGGCUGACAACAGCACCUCUGUCUGCAGGGACUCGGGAACAUCAGGGCUGGCCCAGAUUUCCCCUGUGCAUGGAAGAGAGUCUGCCUGUGUCUGCCCCUUCCCAAGCUCAGCGAAUGCACAAUGGCUCGGGUGCAAAUGCCCAGUGUGUCUGAUGUAGUGAUAAGAGAAGCCAUCCCUGCUGAACUCCCCCCUUCUUCAGAGCUGGCAAAAAGGCACAGGAGCAUCUUCCAAGCAGAGGUGUUGACAAACCUAUGAAUGUAUUUAGAGGAAGUGUAUAAUGAAAGAUGAAAUAAAUACAGUAGGGUGGGCACACCCUUCUGGUGCUGGGCGCUGAAAAUAUAUUCCAUCCUCAGUGGUGAAGAAGGGAAGAGCUAAAGUUUAGUGGUAGAACACCUGUUUUGCAGGUCCUGGGCUCACUUCCUGGCAUCUCUGAGUAGGGCUGGGUAAAAUCCUGGGCUGAAACUCUCGAGAGCUGUGCUGCCAGUCAUACAUGCCAACUUCCUGGGGCCCUGGGUGCCCAAGCACCCACAAAAGUUCCCAUGAAGGGGCCAGGCACCCACAAAUUUCAGGGCCAGGGCCAGGCACACUGCAUGACAGCCACAGCUCUGGGCACCCAAGCUGGCACUCCUGCUCCAAUCAGUACAGGUUGUACCGAUAUAAAGCAACGUCCUAUGGCAGAGCAGUUUAUAAUUGGUGACUGAAGAACUGCCCCCACCACUUAUCUCUUGAUGGUCACCUAGAAACACAUGGUUACUAGGCUCUGAUCGGUACGCUUCAUUUGCUCUGAACUUCUGGUUCACUGCAGGAGAGAGGAAAUCUAUUUGCAUCAGAAGCCACAGAUCAAGCACUGCUAAAGCUGUUUUGCUUUUCCACUUUGCAGGCACAGGUGCUGGAUGACAGAGACGGGUCCCCUUGACUGCAGGCCAACCCAGAUUUGUUCCCAUUCGAAGUUUUGUUCCAAGUCAAGUCCUGGAUUACAGCCGUGGGAUAGGAAGGGGAAUGUUAACUGUGGAGGGGGAUUAACACUUGUGUACGUCUUUUGGCUCUAAACAAACCAAAGGCACGUCACACAAAAAAUACGAAGACAAAGAACAAGAGGAGUCAGUUUCUGAGACCAGUUAUUAAGUAGCGGUAGAAGGUACAAGGGUAAAAAUAGCAUUGGCCAGCGAACCCACAAAAGAUGGACAAACAUUUCAACCAUUGUAAACAGCUGAAAUACAGACCACAGGAAUGAAAAGCUUGGAGAAGCACUGUCAUUUCCUUGGCUUUUAAAGAUAGCCUUGAGAGGGCAGGGGUAUAUGGAAGCAUUUGGCAAGCCGUUUCUCCAUCAAAUGCUGUGGAUUGCAAAUCCCAUCAGUCUGCACAGUAGAUUGCUGUAACGGGAACAGGACAGGAACAGUCUACCUAGGCUAGAUGUACUGUAUUUGUGACUGGGAGCAACAGGUUUGGAAACCCUUCUCUUUCCUUCCCAUAAUAAAAGUGACAACGACUUUGUACCUCUGCAGCACCAUCCAAUGUGUUUGCUCUGCCAGAAGCCACACUGAAUCCAAUGCA